AUGGAGGCGAUCGUUAGCAGGUGCCUCCAAGUCCGAUACCGGCAGGGUCAGGCCAGGGGAGCGUCUCCCCCCUCCACCACCUUGUCCUAAAUCUGGCACGGGGAGGGCAAGGGCAAGGCAGGCGGGAGUUUCGGGGCGGUGCCAUUGCCCCGAGCUAUAGCUCAGCAACUCCGACUUGCUCCGCCCGGCCUAGUGGCGCGCCCUCCCCGGGAGAGGAGAAACUGCGCGUGGCGGCGGCGGCCCAGGUAGCUCUGGGUUAAUAAUUACUAGGAAGAGGGAAGAGCCGCUUCGCUUCCUCCGACCGCGGCCCCUCCUUGCGGCUCCGGAGUCUCCACCUACCCGGAGCGUUGGUGACCCGCCCGCUCUUUCUUUCCCCCUUCUUUCCCUAAAAGCCUCCUUCGGCGGGGAGCUUCCUGCCUAGCCAGCUCUAAUCUCAGCGGAGUCUUUCGUCGCGUGGAUCUCGAACUGCUGAGCGCCGGAGCGGCUUGCACGGCUUUACGGAACCCGGGUCAGUUUUUUUGGUUUGUUUUUUUUAAAAUAUCGGGCGGCUAAACUCUUGGAGGUUUUUUUGGGGGGGGGAAUCGCUGCCUGCAUUAAGUGGCUCUGGCUCUAAACCCCUAUGGGACGGGGGUUCUCGAGUCUCUCUUUUGCACCGGAGACAGGAUUAAGGAUCGUGUGCAUGCUCCGGACUGGGAUUUGGCGACUCUCCUUCAGCCCCUUGUCUCUCGCUCGCCCUCUCCCUGGACACGGCCCCGUCCCCGGACGGGUGUGCUCAUCCGGGCGCAGGUGCCUCCCUGCCGUCGGGGUUCCCACCUCCCCAGGGAUUAUUCGGAAUCGCUUAUCCUCUAAAAAGCUUUGCCCGCCCACGCGGAAAUUGGUUUGUGCUGCUACAUAUAAUCGCGCGCUUCCCGAGUUGUUAAGGGAGGCGUGGACCUACUUUUGCUGCUCUCGCACGGCCGUCUUGUAAAUAAGAGUUAUUUCUCUCUCACCCACACCCGGGAAUUCCGUAGACGGCUCUUGGGAUCCUGCUGAGCCCGGGAAACGCGCGCGCGGGCGCAGUUGCGCCUUUCUUGAUGCGCCUUUUGAGUUAGGCGAGUCCGUAUGCAUCCUCCUCCCUAAAGUACCACAGAAGGAAAUCGCGGGUGUUUGCUUUUUCCCUUUCCUUAAGGUCCCUUGAGGCACUAUAGUUUUCCAUCCCAUACGUGCCUGGCUCAGAAGUAAGACCCGUUGAGCUCCGACGGUUUACUUCCAGGAAAGCAGAUAGGGAAAGAUUGCCGUUUAAAUCGCUUUUAGUUACUCUUCGGUUGCACAACUGAGGUGAAUUUUCCGACCCCUCCAAGCGAAUUCUCAUGGGUGGAAUAGUGGACUGGAAAGGCGGGACUGGAGAAUCUGAGGAAUUUUGGAGCAAUUCGCCAGAAAUAAUGUGGCCUAAUGGUGUGUAUGUGCCCUCAGCCACCGGGAGUGGUGAGUUUUUAACCGCAAAUGGGAAAUAAUUCGGUUUGAGGGUUUGAGGCUUAAACUGUUUGUGCCCCCACUCCAGGGGAAACCUGAUGGCCGUGUGUGAACCUGAAGAUAAUGUGAAUGGCUUUGGAAUUGGAGGGAAUUCGAGGCUGGCCAGUGACCCCAGGGGGCUAUUAGAGCGAAAACUGUAGCUCUCCAUCUCCUGCUGUUCAGGAAUGUUGUUAUGUCAGGAGAUCAGUGCAGACAUGUGCAUAUAAUGGUUUCCCUAAAACACACUGGCCUGUAGUCUCACCCCUCACCUGACUCCUGCCUUGCUUCCCUCCUGCCCCUCCUCCCUCUGUGGGGUGUGUGUCUGCUUGCUUAGGUUGGGCAACUCCCAUUGUAAAUUAUUUAAAUCUGGCUUUUCAGAAAUUUUGAAACAUGAUUGUGUAGUAGCAGGUGGGGAACCUGUAGCCCAGCAGCAUAUAUAGGGCCACAACUCCCACCAGUUGUCACCAGCGUGGCUUGAUGGUGAGAGAUGAUGGGAGCUGGAGUCCAACAGGAUAUGGAGGGCUGCAGGUUCCCAACCCCUGUUGCAUAGUAAAAGUGGGGGGACGACCUCUCAGUAUUGGGAGAUUUUUGAGGACCUAUACAUAGGGAAAGCAAUAGCUAUCAUUGAACCAAUAGAGGUCUGUGUGGUUUUGAGUUCUUCCUUACACAUAUCAUUAGUCUAAUAAGAGAAGUCCUUUUUUGCCUUUAUUCUCUGAGACUGACAUCUCAAAUACUGUGGGGGUUUUUUUAUAGCGUUUCAUUGAAAUAAUUUGGAACAGCCCUCAAUAUGGUGCCUGAUUGUGCCCUUGUGGUUAGUAGUAUGCAGAUUUUUCCUUUAGGUUCUGUUCUUGUGGGCUUCUCUUCCUGCACUGCCAUUGUUAUCAUUACUGCACCUUUUAUACUCUGCCCUUCCUCCUAAAGCAACCAUGUUUGGCUGAGGCAGCAAUGAUAAAAAAAUUUCUAAAAAUAGUUUAAAAUAUUAUCUCAACCGGUUAUCUCAGGGUUGCAACAAAACUUUAUUUUAAAAUGUGAGAAAGUAGCCAGAAAACCCGCCAUGGUUUUUUUUAACCACUUGUGGUCUACGGGACUGAGAGGUCCUGCUUUUAGGUGCAGUUGUUUUAAAAUGUGUUGAUUGUCAACCAACCCACUAACAUCAUGUACAACCUCAGUGUGUGAAUUUCAACCUUGGAGGUUUUUGAGCUGCAUAAAUGCACUGAGAAUGCUAAAACUUGGAGGGAAGUAAUGCAAUGAAUGUAAACACAUGCAUGUGGAAUUAAGUCCUGCUUCAAAGGCUCAAAGGAAAAGUAUGCAUGCUGAAAUAUCACAUGGUACAUCAUUAUUUGGGCCAUGUCAUUUCAGGCUGCAGAUAAGGGGAUAAUUUGUUUAAAUGCUCUCCCAUUUAAAGCACCUUCCUGUGUGCCUAAAGCUAACAUAAUGUGAAUUCUCAACUGGCAGGGCAUUCUUGGACAUUUAUAGCUUGGCUCUUAACUUCAAGCUUCCAUCCAGUAUGUUUAGUCAUAGGAAUUGGUUAUUAUUAUCCAAAGAGAAAGAGGCAACCCAAAAUUCUUGUUUCACCGGUAUUAUUGCAACCUGUGGCCCAGGCCUACUUUACACUUGCCUUUUCACAGAUAUGCUGUUGUAACAGAUAAGGAGCCAGUAAAUUCAUGUUUAGUGGAUGUGUCUCCAGCAGGGAAGGCCUUUCCCAGCUUGUGGUGUUGACAUGCACUGUGCAAACUGUCACACAGCCACAGAGGCAUUCUGCCACAUGGUACAGCUUCAAUCAGGUUUAUGUCAAGCACUGAAAAUUCAAAGUACCCCAGGCUCCUUUCGCACAUUCCUGGAGAGAUGUGGUUGCCUUGGUUGUUCACAAUAAUGUUAAAAAACUUCUGCCCACAUCAUUGGGUUUUCUUGUUGAAACAGGGCAGAACUUGUCCCUGAUAACCCAGCCUGAGAAGGGUAAUGACAGAGGAUGUCAUUAUGUGCUUGGCCAUGUUGACUGAUAAACCAUAAUUUGCCUUUGUUUCGUAACGGCUACAUUUGCAAUGGUGGUAAAUGGCAGUAGGCUAUUUUGAUGUAACAUGGUGCAACGGCAAGGGUAUUGGGUUCGGAUGUGAAUAAAAAACAUAAUAUUCAGAUCCCGAGUGAACUAACCAAGUCACAUACCCAUAAGAGAGCAAUCCAAUACAUGUGAAGCUGCUAUAAAGCAUGCUGGUGUAAAGGAAGACAGAGUACAGUGACAUCAGAUUGAAAUGGUUCAGAAGUGGGGCUACAGCUGAAUGAGGUGGCCUAAGGCUGGCAGAGGCAAAACGAGCCUUUAAAAUAGUGCUUGAAUUACAGCACCCUUUACAGCUUUACCAGGUACAUCACAUUACCAGGUCAUGUGACCAAUCUGAACAGGCUUAGGAUCCAGCCUACCUUUCCCCUUUAUGGUUCUGCCCAUGUCCUGCCCCCAGAGCACCCCUUUUUCAGAGCAUAUGCCAGAUUAAACUCCACUGGGCCCUGGCUGAGAUGAGAUGGGGGAGAUAUAGCUGAGGAUGAGGAAGUUAACUGGUGUAGCCUGGCUAUGUUCAGAACUUCCUUACCCAGCCGGAUAUCCACUGGAUCCUCACCUGCUCAUCUUGCUAUGGGAUUCCUUCCCAAAUGACUAGAAUAUAAUAUAUGUAUAGUCAACCUUUUCAGACCCAGGACCCACUUUUAACCCAAAUUUUCAUUUGGGGACCUAUUUCUUGAUCUUUUACCAUAUACCGUAUUUUUCGCUCUACAAGGCGCACCAGACCACAAGACGCACCUAGUUUUUGGAGGAGGAAAACAAGAAAAAAAAUAUUCUAAAUCUCAGAAGCCAGAACAGAACCCUCUUGCUGUUCUGGCUUCUGGGAUAGCUGCGCAGCUUGCAUUCGCUCCAUAAGACGCACACACAUUUCCCCUUACUUUUUAGGAGGGAAAAAGUGAGUCUUAUAGAGCAAAAAAUAUGGUAUUUGCAUAGUGGUCAUGUUCCUGUUGCAACCCACCUUGGUUCAGGUAGCAACGCACUAGUGGGUCCCGACCCACCAGUUGAAGAGCAAGUGAUAUGCUAUUAAUACAUAUAGCAGCCAAUAAACAAUAAGAGAUGUUACUGAUUCCAAAUAGUUGAGGAUGGUUAAAGUAAAAAGUUACUGUGAAGAGCUCCAAAGGGAUGUCUCCUAAAUUAGGGGUUGUCCACACUUUUCCGCUUGUCCCACUGCUUUCCCCUGGGAAAAGCUGCUGUUUACCACUGAAUCGGAGCAAAUGCCCAUUGAUUGACGUCAGCAGAUUGAUGUUUGUGAUAGUAGUGGGUUUUUCUGGGGAAAGCAAUGGGAUAAAUGAAAGGCCAUUUGGACCCAUGCCUAGAAAGCAUGGGGCAAGCAGAAGUGUGGAUGAACCCUUGCUGGAAUGGGCAGUAAAAUGGCCAAUGGAACUCACUGUAAACAAGUGCAAAAUGAUGCACAAGGGGGCAAUAAUAAUAAUAAUAAUUUUACAUAUAUGCUCAUGGGGUCUGAACUGGAGUUGACUGAUCAGGAAUGAGAACUUAGGCAGGUAGUGGACUGCUCAGUGAAGAUGUCGAUCCCAUGUGUGGCAGUUGUGGAAAAUAUAAAUCCCAUGAUGGGGAUCAUUAGGAAAGGAACUGAAAAUAAAACUGCCAACAUCCUAAUGCCAUUAUACAAAUCUAUGGUGCGUCUGCCUUUGGAAUACUGUGUACUUGCCUCUUUGCCUCACCUCGGAAAGGAUAUUGUAGAGCUGGAAAAGCAUUCCAAAAGGGGCAACCAGAAUGGUAAAGGAAACAGAGUAACUCCCCCAUGAGGAAAGGCUACAACAUAAGGAGCUUUUCAGUUUUGAUAAAAGGCAAGUAAAUUACGCAUCUUGUGGAGAAUGUGGCCAGAGGAAGCUUUUCUUGUUCUCUCAUAAUACCACAACUCAUGGACCUCCAGUGAAGCCGUAUGUUGGAAGAUUCGGGACAUACCCCCAAAAGUACUUCUUCCCACACUCAUAGAUAACUAUGGAAUUCGUUCUCACAGGAAGCAAUGAUGGCUACCAACUUGGAUGGCUUUAGGAGAGAGAGAAAUUCAUGAAGGAUAAGGCUACCAGUGGCUACUUAGCCACAUUGUCCACUGUUGGAGGCAGCAUGCCUCUGAAUUCCAGUUGCUUGAAGUCAUGAGGAUGUGGUUGUGCUCAGGUUCUGCUUUCAGGCUUCCCCUAGGCAUCUGGUUGGCCACUGUGAUGCUGAACCAGAUUGGCCUUUGCCCUGAUCUAGCAGGCCCUUGUGCUCUUACAUUAAUAGCUGUGUUGCAUUUCCUCCAAGGUCCUUCUUGCAUACAAAGGAGAACACCGAGGUUAACAAAGGUGCGCUUGACAAUGUAGAAUCUCCUAGUUAAAUGUCUUUUCUCUCUCUCAGUGAGCAGCCCAUGAAAGUCCCUGGACUUCUCAAGAGACACAGAUCUUCUUUCUCCUUCCCAGGUUGUAGAUUCAGCUCUCAAUGCGAUGCAAUUGGCUUUCAUGUACAAAUGCAGUACGGAACCCCUUCCAUUAUAUGGUUUAUAAACCCUUUUCCUCUUCCACAGUGUGAUUUGCAUAGGCAAACACAGUACGAGCACCAAAUCUCCAAGAAUGAACUGGAUUCAGAAAUGUUAACUUGGCAAAAACAGUAACUCCCGAUGCAACUAGCUAGUAGGAGUAUGUGUGUGUGUGCUUGUGCAUAUGUAAGUGUGUGUGUAGGGGAGCUGGCACUGGAAUUCCAGACAGGCUGGUGGCGGCGGCUGCUACAGCUGCAGGAAUGACAUUUUGGCCUCUGCUGCCCUUUAAUUUCAAACUCUCUGCUCCAUCAUACUUUUCUAUUCAGCUCCUUAUCCGCUCCUCACCCCAUUCCCUUCCCUCCCUCACUCGUGGGUACCGAGGACUCAGAAUGGAAUAAUGAGCUCUAUGAAACCACCUUAGGCAGUGCUGUGUUUCAGAACUUCUUAUGCAAUAAUGUGAUUUGAUACUUGGGGGGCCCCUUCCCCCACAACUCUCGUUUGGUACUGCACGGCCUGAGCUGUGUGCUGUUGCUUAUGCCGUCUUAAACUGAGAAAUAGUGGGCCAUCCUAUUAUUGACCAUUAUUUUAUUUUGGAUUUUUAUUAAUUAUCUGUUACAGAAGCAGUGGAAAACCUUCACAAAGCAAUUAUUAUAAUUUCUACGUACAAACAUAAAUAAUAAAACAUGACAAGACUAACAAGAACAGGUCACUGGUGGGGGGGGGAAUGCAAAACACAAGCCUUCGUUUUCUUUUAAUUCCUUGGUUCUUUGCAAAGUCACAAAGAAGUAACAGGCAAGAAGUGAAAGGUGUCUGCUGAAGAGUGAUUGUGGGCAGUGCUGGAAGUUACAGUAAAGGGCACUGAGCUAUCUGGACUUUCAUCCAUGCCCUGUACAGUGGAAAUCAGCUGCCGUCGUAAGCACUAGAAAUGGACAUACAUCUGAAAAGAGAGAUCCUGAAACCUGUGAUAUUCUCUCCCCCCCCCCCCCGUUGCAACACACAAGCAUAUAGUAUAUGUUUAGCCCAGAGAUGAGCCAGAACAGUGCAAGGAGGAAGAGAUGAUUAAUGGGCAAUAAUAAUAUGAUGGAUAAUAAAGACAAUCUCUGAGGUUGGAGGUAAUCCCUGGUGUGACUGUUGUAAUCCUGCCCUCAAGUGUGGGAGGUGGGGCAGAUCCCUAGUCUCUUAGUAUUGUAUUGAUCAUACAAUUUGCCUUUCUUGCCCAGCUGCGCAGUUAUGAAUUGGAUGCUUCCCUUCCUUUAUUCCUAGUGUUCGUCCUCUGCAGAUGGGAAUGGGCCUCCACUGUGAGACCGCUCUGGGGAUCCGUUCUUCACACAGAGUCUUUGGGUGACUCCUGAUGAGCUCAUUUGGCUUUUGCAAGCAGCUGCCUCACAAAAAUACCAGCUGUGCCAUUAAAAGAGCCUAGCAGACAAGCCUCAUUGAAUCAACAGUCACACCCAGUGCAUUACCAGUCUGCAAGCGUGAGCAUGCUCCCAUUACUACGCUGCUUUGCACAGAAACAUCCACAAUCUCCAACACACACACACUCAUACACACACAGACGUAGGUUGUUCACAACGCACUGUGGAGACCUGACAAUUGCACAGCUUGUCUCCAACAGUAAUAGGUAAAGCGGAAGGUGUGUUGUGUUUGCUUUUAAUUAGGGAGGCAUUUGCUGUGCAUGAGAAUUUAAGAGCCAAAUUAUUUCAUGAUAAAAUGGGUGAUCUUGAUAGUGAGAUCUAGUGUUAUUAUCUUUCCCUGGCAGGUAUGGGAUGAUAGAUGUGUUAAACGGACUAACAACCAGAUCGCAAACAAGUUAAGCUAGUGAACUUGGAUUUAGCACUGCUUAAUCCUAAUACAGUAUUUUGAAUAUACUUGUUUAUUGAUAGAAUUGUUCAGGGCCAUUGCACUCCUCAACCCAAACUGGAGAUCCUAGGCCCAGAAGUGCCCCCGCUAUGUAAAAAAUGAGGAUCUGCAGACUUGUACUGGGCACAGAUUGUAUAAAACUGCUGACUGCAAGUAUAGUGUUGAACAAUAUACAAAUAGUUGAGAACAUUCUAACAAAGCCUUUUAGAAGUUGUGGCAAUGAAGUUCAGUGAUUAUUAAAAAUAAGCUAGACUUGUCCAAGGGCCCAAAGGGGUAGCAUCGGAGUUCUGGUGACCUGCUUCUUGAGAACACCUUUGUGCCAUUCAUAAUUUUCUCCAUUGUUAUGUAACUGAAGAGGUAGAUUAGAGAUGAUGCAUUCAAACAACGCCAUCCUUGAUUUUGUACAUGUGUCACAUAUACAUGGAACUUGUUUCUUGUAGGUCAUAGUAGAUCACACUUCACACAGCUGUAAAAGCUGCAGUUUGCUAACAGAGCUAAAAGGGCAAAGUACCAAAGUGAGAUUUUGCAGAGUUGGUUUUUAAAAAGAGAGAUCCCUUUGAAUAUACUGGAUCUAGAGAAGUCCCCUGGAAAAUGUCACAUUCCAUGUCUGUUGUGCCUUUGAAGUCAUGUUGUUAUGGGGUAAUGUUCAUAGACUGGUCUGACAGAUGCAACUUUCACCUCAACUAAGAAUUUUUCUGCUUUCUAAUUUAAGGGUAGUUGCAGCUCUCAGCCUCUGCAAAAUAAUUAUUAUGGAUCACUUGUUUGAGACAGGAUCUUAUGGUUAACAGGUACCAGAGCAUCUUGCAGUUCACCUUCCUGCCUUAAGGCAGGAAUGCUCACCCACCCACUUCUUGCAUAAUCCAGACCAUAGUGUGCCACAAGCUUAGUGCCAGGGUGACUGAGGCGUCUUAUGUAGAUGGUGUAAAAUUAUCCAGAUGCUUCAACUUAGUGAGCCAAAGCACAUAUUGCAAGGCCUUCUAGUUAAAUGUGAUGUGGACUAAAAUUCCUUCCAAAUAAAAGGAUAAGAUGCUCUUUAGUGUUUCAAUAGGUUGUACAUUUCUGUAAGUUUCCUCAGUAUUUUGGUUGCUAAAAAGAAAAAUGUAAUCUGGGGCUUCUCCAUUCUGCUGAUAUUGUUUAGGGAUGCAUAUCAAAAGCUGAAAUUGUCCCAUGUGAAGCUCAUUCCACAGGGAAAUGGAGAAAUCUAGCUCCAAAGCCGGACUAUUUGGCAUCCCCCGAGAAGUAGGGAGUAUAAAAUUGAAGGCAAUGACCAUUCAAAUCUUCCAGUGAAAUCAGCAACAGAAGCAACAACCCCAUCAGACUUCUUUCUUUUUUUUUAAAGGUUCUUGUUCAGGGAUCUUUGGAAAUGCAGUUAUCAUUUCUGCACAAAGAUCUCUUCAGUGGUGCCCAUAGCAUUUGACAAAAACAAAAAAGAUUUUCAUUGUGGUGCUGGUUUGACUUGGUGUACCAUAGCAAAGGAGAACAGUGAUGCCAUCUGUCAUCCUUGGCUGAGGUGGGAAUAGUAAGGGGGGGAGCUGGACUGGAGUUUCCGCUGCUCCUUGCCAAUAACUCUGAUCAAGCUGGUUGUGUCCUGGAAAGCUUGCACACUGCUCUUAAGGGUAAAGUUAGAUCUAAUCUGGCUGGCUGCUUCCGAAGUAGCAGAGAGAUUGAAAUCUGCAGAUUUUGACAGCCUGCCGGGAAAGGAGCAAUGGCAUUCUCUUCUCACGGGAUGGAUUUAGAUGCAAGGGAUCAGAGCUAACUAAAAGGAAGGAAUGUGCAUGAGGUGUCGUAUACAGAUGGAUAAGUAUACAGAUGGAUAAGCAGAACCGGUAUGCUGCGUAACUUUCCAGCAAUCAAGCGGUCUCUGCGGGGGUGUAAUCCUGGGUGGGUUGCUAAUCUGCUCAGUGUAUCUCAAAAGGUCAGGAAGAGCUCAGUGGAUGUAGUGUCAUGGGUGGCGCUUAAAGGUGACAUGAAAAGGAUUCUAAAAAUUCCACAAAGGCAUUUAUUCUUGGUUGGGCAGCAGUGUCUUAGGAACAUAAUCAAGGUUUAAGCCCCCAUGGUCACAGAUCACAACCCACUGAUAAAAGCAUCUGCUUCAAAAAAACCUUGUACCAGCAAAGGGUCUCCCUGCGCUUACAAUAAGUCCAUGAACCCACACCACUUAUCAGCCUUUCUCCUCUCCCCUCCCCUCCUGUUCCCUCACACUGGCCCAGUAAAGGAUCAGUGGAAAUAUUUGGUUUGAAUUCCAGUGCAAAUAUUUGUUUGAGACUCUAAACAAGCCUCUGGAAAGGUCUGUCUGCUGCUACUGUGCAAGCAUGGAAAAGUAAAACUGGCCAUAAUCAUCAAAGAAAAAGGAAUUUCUUUAAAUGCUUAAGAUGAAAGGGCCCUGCAGACGAACAUGGCGACCAUUUUACAAAGCGGCAACAUGCCAAUAUCUGCCUGGCUGCCACAUGGGAGGUGGAUGAGAAAGUUACUGCACAUUCUCACUCUGUGUCAGAGAGCUGGGGAAGCCAGGGAGUGAUGCAAUUCUCAGCUUCCUUUGGCAGUGUGGUAUACAACCAUCUUCCUUCCUGGUUACAUGCACACUGUAGUAAUUUACAUCGUAACACAAGUUAGUGAAGUAUGAAUUCAGGAUGGAUUUAGAGUGCAGGAGGUGGAUGUCUGGCUGAUGGAGGGGGUGAUUGUAGCAGGGCCCUGACCCCUGCCUGCUAAAGGGGAGGUUUAGCUAAAUGGUUAUAGUGAGGUUCUCCUCCCCAGUCAUUCCAAACAUGUCUUCAAAAGCAGUGUUGGCUGGUGCCUCUUGGGACUGGCAGUGAGGAGGCAGAGGGGCCAACAAAAGGUGAAGGCAGAGUCAGUGGACAGGCAGAAACAGCUAGUUCUUUUUUUGCCCUCCCCCCGACUCUUUCUAGUUGAGUUCCUCAAAGGUAAUGCUGAGAUUAAUCAGGAGGGAGCUGGCAAGCAUUGUGCCACCCCCUGGGCUGGUUGUAAGUAUGAGGGCAGGCUGGUGGGAUCUGGCCAAGAGCAGUUUCUUUAUUUCACAAAAUUUAUGUAUCCCAUGAAUGUAAGAGAACCUCUAAGCAAAUUACAAAAGUAUAAAACAAAACAUGAAAAAUAUUGAUAAACAGGUAAAAACAGGUAUUUAAGACCAGUAGCUAAAACUAAAUAAAACACAUGUUGCUUCUGCAUGUCCAGAAGUUGGAAGGCUGGUGGGGCAGUGCCCCGUUUGGGCUAGUAGGCCAGCCAAAAGAGUUGGGAACAUUUCCUGCCAGCCAGAAUGGAGUCUGGAACUGGGAGCUGCAGGCAGAAAAGACAGUUGACUUUUUUGUUGUUCAGUGAGGGGCUUGGGGACCCUUGGUUCUUCCUGCCUGGAGACUACACCAUUUCCAUUAAGAGGACUGUGGUGGCUGGUUGAUAAACUGAGUUCAGAUUGUGCCCCAUAGAAAAUGUAAAGUAAGAGAUGUGUGAGCCCUGCUGUGCCUCUAAGAAGCAGGAGCAAAGGCCGGACUGAACGUCCACAGCAAACCAGCUUCUCAUGCCCUUCAUCUGUGGCGUUGGUUCCAUCCAGUUCUGGCAGGGAUUUGAUAAACAUUAGCUUGAUGUUUGUGGUGAAUUUCAGAACUGGUGAAAGCUGCUAGACUGGCUCUGGAAACACUUAGUUUUUAGCAAAAAACAACAAGUAAAGUCCUUGAUGGCUUUUCAAUUUGUCCGCCUCAUUGCAAUAAAGGUCAAGCUGGGAACUGAAACCCUGUAGCCCAAAGAGGCUAGUGUAAUCUAGGUUGGAAAAGCAAAUACGUAUAUGUUGUUUAUUUGUCCUUUCUGAAGGCUUCUGAAAUGGUGUGAGUUUUAAGGGAUAGGAGGGGGGAAGUAUUAGUUGUGGCCACGAUUGCGUAGACUUUUGAAGCUGCAUUUGAACAGGAAGGUAUUAAGAGUAUAUAAUUGGAAGGAUCAGUAGAUGAAUUGUUUCUUAAUAUGUCUUAACUGCCUUAUGGUAUUCACAAUUCAGGCAGGGACUUGCAGAGUGGUUAUUAUAAAAUUAGCAUAGGGUAACUGCAUAGGGUGGAAGGCAGGAAAGUAGCAAGGCAAGUGUUGCAUCCCUGCAACCAAAUGGAGAUAUGGAGAUAUGGAGCAGUGGGGAUGUAGUUACACUUAAUCCCUCCCAUGGCUGUUUAUAACGUUUUAAAAAAGAAUUAGAAAAAAACCCCACCUUGGAGAUCUAAUCAUGGAUCUCUUGCGAUCUCAUCUAGUUUGGCCCUUGGAUAUGCAUCUAGGAAUGUAAACUGUGAAUGUAACAAGUGUUUCAAAGAGGUAUAUGAAAAGAGAACCUGAGAUAGAAUGGAAUAGAUCACAUGCUAAUAUAAUGAAAUUAAUACAAGAAUAAAUUAAAAAAUGUUAGGUUAAUAUUACAUGACUGUACUAUUUUAUUCAUGUAACAUUAACCUAACUUUUUUUAUUAUUAUGGCGCCGCAACCCCAGAGUCGUCCGCAACUGGACAUAACAGUCAGGCGUACCUUUACCUUUUUAUGUAUAGUAAUUCAUUCUUUUUAAAAAAAAUUGUCUACAAUGCAAAGCUUAUAAACAAUUUAUAAAUAUAUUUUAAGAAAAGGUACAUCUGCUGGGGAAGGGCUGCAGCUACCUGUUGAGUGUCUGCCUGAUUUUGCCCCUGUUACAUGCAUGAAACAGUCCUCAGGUGGCUGGCAGGCAGUGACUGAACACUUCUGGUCCCAUUACAGACAGGGCUGUCUUUGAAUGAGAGUCCCAAAGUUUUCUUUUUGAAAAUCUUUGCCUCUAUUUGCAAAUAUUCUGGGGAACAUUGAAGCCAAAGGAUUCCACUCUUCAUCACAAUACAUAUCCCACUGAAGCAAAUAACUAAGCAACAUAGAAUCCUUUGGCUCACUGGCAAAUUUUGGUCUUUGAUCCUGAUCCCAUCUUCUUAGCGCUGGAGAAGUGUGGAGAAUCUGACAUGCUGGCAGAACCGGUUUCAAAAGUUUCUUAUGAAACACUCCCCCCCCCCCCAGUGUCUGCUGCCCUUUAUCUUCCAAGUCUAUGGCCGCUUUCAUGCUAACGAAAAUUAUGGCUUCACUGCUGACUGGAAUUCAGGGGAAGAGUUCCAUGUCCACAUGUAAAAUAAGGUGCGGCAGGUGCAGUUCUAAGAAGAGAGGCCUCCAGGUACAUUCCAUGUUGUUUCAGUCAUUAUUAGCUGUUCUUCCUGUGAGUCAAUACUGAACCCUGGACAACUGAGCUCUGUACACAUCCUGCCCCCCAUCCACAAUAUUGUGGUUAGUCCCUUUCUUUCAUACUGUUUUCCUGAAACCUACCUUCCCAUUUCCUGCUUAAGUUAAAAUGCACAGUUAGCCAUUGCAGUGCUUUACAAUAGGUACUUGAUAUUAUUUGGAUUUUACAUUACUGUUAUCCUUGCGAUAGAGCUUGGAUGAUCCUAAACCUUACAUUCAUCCUAUUGUAUUGGCUGGUUUAUUAGGAAUCUUUGGGCACAGAAGUUCUAGCUUCAGUAUAUGAAAUAAGGGUAGAUUAGAAAUCCCAUCUGACUCCAUAAAUUCAGAUUCCUGCCUGAUUGACAAAAUGAAAGUCAUGCACUGUGAUGUGGGUUUAAAAAAAUGUAGACAGUUUUUUGGAUAAUUUUCAGAUGCGCUACAUUGAUUGAUUUAGAAUGUGUAUUUGACUUCUUUUUAAAGUUUUGUUUACUAAAUGUGUGCUAUGUUGAUUUACAUGCCUACAAACAUCUCAGCAGAUUUUACCAGUAGCUAAAAGUAUUUGAACUGUAAUGUUUUGAUUAGGAAAAAUAUAACUGAAGGACACUUAGCAGUGCAAUCUUGUGUAUGUUUGCUCAGAAAUAGGUCCCCUAGUAUUCAAGGGGGCACAUUGCCAGGCUAAGUGUGCAUAGGAUUGCUGCCAGAAAUGAGGUUCAAAUGAAUUAAAACUAAUGCAAGGAUGUACUUGGAAAUUAUUUUUAUUAGAAUAUUUAAAUAUUUUUUACUAAACAAAUAUGUUUAAGAUACAGCAACUCAAUAGUGUAUAUACUUACAUUGUUUAAGUUUUAAGGAAAAAGUUAAAGCACUGAGAGCUGCUAACAUACUAAUCUUAGCACAUUCAAAGAGCUAUGCAUCUUUAUUUGCUGGGUUGCCCUUCUGGGAUCCUACAGAGGCUCUUGUGGGGUGGCAGGGUUGGGGAAGGGUUUUUCCCAAUUCACUCCCUUCCCUGCACAACCCCCAGUGCCAUCUCCCAAACUGGUCUGGAGGGUCCUAGCUUGGGGAAGGGGGAAUUAACAAAAUUCUCUUCCCCCCCCCCACCCUUCAGCAGAAACAUCUUGUGAGCUGAAGUCUGCUGGCAGGAAGUCUGGAAACAAAACACACAUACAUUUUUCCUAGGGGUCGUCACUUGGAAAAGAAAGUUAAUUACCCCUUUGAAUGUGCCUCAUUUGACUGGUACUAUACCCAUUAACUAUAUUUGUAAUGUUAUGAAACAAUGCAGUUUUAGAAAUGGAAAAUGUUUCACUGAAAAAAAUACAGGAGUGGGACAUUUGCCACAAUGGAAACUUUUCUGCUCAACAUCCGUGGAUAGGUGUAGUAUUACAGUGGAGUCUUGCACGUUCUUACUGAAGUCCUAGAUCCGACUUAAUUUAAGUUUCACAUUCUGGUAAUGUAGGUGACAUCAGUAGCAAUGAAAGCUAGAUAAUACAGUUUUACAACCCUAUGCAACUUCCUGGAUUAAGUAUUUAUCUAGAUACUGAAGAAAAAUAUAUAUUCCUGGUUGUUUCUGAAAAUCCCUCUUUACUCCAAAUGAGGAUUGUUGGAAGUGUAAGAAAGGGAAGUUUCACACCCUGUGUACCCAAUCUGAGGUGUGACCUGGCUUGCUAUCGGCUAUAAUGCUGGCUGUUAUAAUGAGGUAGACCUUUGAACUGAGAGGCAUAAAAAGUGCUGUUAGAUUUGUUAUUGAUAUAUUGGACUUUGAUACCACAGUGAGUAAAGGAGCAUAUCCUGCUGCUUCUAAAUAGAUGACAAUGCUACAGCCUUCACUGUGGCCCCAACUGAUAUGAGAACAUGUACUCACUGUGAGAUUGUCUGCACACUCUGCUCCUAAGCAAUACUGUAUCAGACGUCAUGAUCUUUGGGCUCAACAGGUUGGUUGUAUGAUCAGUGACUACCAAAAACUAUAUAGUAAAGCAACAGAAAGAAUUGCUUCCUGCAUAAUUCUUAGCCACUUGAAAACAAUAUAGUGGGUUGGACUUCUCGAUUCACUAAUCGGAAGUUUUGAGUGUGGCUUGGUGAGGGUGACUGCUAAUCUCACAUAGUGUCCUAUCCACUGGGUGGCGCUGUGGCUUUGGUCUGGCUCUGAACCUCCUAAGCAAAAGGCAACAGAAUUAGCUGAAAAUGAGACUGGUAAAUUUAAGGUCAUGGGCACGUUCUUGCUUAAAAUGUAUGUGGAUAAAGGAUAGAUGAUUUAGACUAGUGCAUCUCCAGUUCGUGAGAACUUGUAAGUUAGAUUUGAAUGGUGUUCAGUAGCUUAUCGUGAGGAGUGAAUUAUGUACAGUGGUACCUCGGGUUAAGUACUUAAUUCGUUCUGGAGGUCCAUGCUUAACCUGAAACUGCUCUUAACCUGAAGCACCACUUUAGCUAAUGGGGCCUCCUGCUACUGCUGUACCGCUGGAGCACGAUUUCUGUUCUCAUCCUGAAGCAAAGUUCUUAACCUGAGGUACUAUUUCUGGGUUAGCAGAGUCUGUAACCUGAAGUACAUGUAACCUGAAGCAUAUGUAACCCGAGGUACCACUGUGCUUAGACUUUCAACAAGUUUUGAUAAAUUCCCUCACCAAGGAUUCCUGAGUAAGAUUGGCUGUCAUGGGAUAAAAGGAUAAGGUCCUCUUAUGGAUCAGUAAUUGGCUAAGGAAAAGGAAGCAGAGAGUAGGAAAAAAAGAAGUUCUCACAAUGGUUUUAAACACUUCAACUUAUGCACCUACUAGCAACACCUAAUAGUAAGCUUACUAAAUUUGAAACCUUGGGUUGAAAACUCAGGGUGUUUUAGAGAAAGGGCUUGUAUCUGCAAUAUACAGGAAAUUGUUAGAUCUGUCUACUAGAUCCCUUAUAGUACUAAGACACUAUGGGACAUGGAUAUGGGGAUGGUUAUACAGUGGUACCUCAGGUUAAGUACUUAAUUCGUUCCGUAGGUCCGUUCUUAAAAUGAAACUGUACUUAACCUGAAACACUACUUUAGCUAAUGAGGCCUCCUGCUGCUGCCGCGCCGCUAGAGCACAAUUUCUGUUCUCAUCCUGAAGCAAAGUUCUUCACCUGAAGCACUAUUUCUGGGUUAGCGGGGUCUGUAAUGUGAAGCGUAUGUAACCUGAGGUACCACUGUAUUAGAAACUAAGUGGAAGAAAUUAUGGACCUAUGAACUAUAUUGGCUUAUAUGCAGGAAUGUUUGUUGAACAUCUAAAGAUGUUGUUGCAUGUUGUUUCAUCUUUCAUAUAUAACUUCACAAAUUACAUCAUGUUGGUGUGGCUGUGGAGGCACAAGGGUUGUUGUUUUUCUGUUUACAGUGGGAGUGUCCUCUUGUACAGAACAUUUGGUCUGAGGUGUAUCUGGGAAUUUCUACUGUUUGUAGGACUCCUGUUCAAAUAACUCCGCAACUUUCACUUUUCAAUGUAUGGGAUGAUCAGACACAACAGGAACAAAACUGUGGUUGUUGGCAGCAGCCAGGAUAUCUACUUGCUCAAAAGUGGAAGGCAUUGCAAGGAUUACAUAUUUUCCUGUGGCAUAAAAAUGUAUGGAACAUUGGGAUAGUGAGGAAAAUAGUGCAUAAUUGGAAUGUUUCCAAGGGAUUGAAAACACUGGAACAUUUCCAUCCCAUGUGAGGAGAGUUCAUUUCCUACACUGCUACAAAUAGCCUUCAGGAUAUUGUAGCUAUAAAGGUAAGGUAAGGUAAAGGUACCCCUGCCCGUACGGGCCAGUCUUGACAGACUUUAGGGUUGCACGCCCAUCUCGCUUAAGAGGCCGGGGGCCAGCGCUGUCUGCAGACACUUCCGGGUCACGUGGCCAGCGUGACAAGCUGCAUCUGGUGAGCCAGCGCAACACACGGAACGCCGUUUACCUUCCCGCUAGUAAGCGGUCCCUAUUUAUCUACUUGCACUCGAGGGUGCUUUCGAACUGCUAGGUUGGCAGGCACUGGGACCGAGCGACAGGAGCGCACCCCGCCACGGGGAUUCGAACCACCAACCUUUCGAUCGGCAAGUCCUAGGCGCUGAGGCUUUUACCCACAGCGCCACCCGCGUCCCUUACAUACAUGGCAUACUGUAUGUAAGAAUAUGUGAAUGUUUUAUAUAUUAUUGUGUCUCUCUAUUGUGAUUUUGUAUCAACUGAGAAAAUUUGUUUAGAGUCCCUGUCAUCCCUGGUUAGGUUGUAUUGUAUUGUGUGUGUGUGUGUAUAUACAUAUCAAUAACAAUGAUAAAACAGUGGGAUUGAUAAUGGCUCCUGUGCUUUGCAACUUGCUCAUAAGUGACUUGGAGUUUGGAGUGAGCAGUGUGGUGGCCAAAUUUGCUGAGGAAACCAAAUUGUUCAGUGUGGUAUAACAAGGGAUUGUGAGAUCCAAAAGGGUAUAUCCAAACUAGCUGAAUGGGCAUUAAAAUUGCAACUGCAAUUCAGUCUAAGCAAGUGUAAAGUGAUUUGAAUUGGGACAAAAAAUCCUAACUUCACAUAUGGGCUAUGAGCUGGUGGUUCCUGACCAGAAAAGAGAUUUUGGAGUUGUGGAGCACAGCUCAACAAAAAUGCUCCCAGUAUGUGGCAGGAGUGAAAAAGGUGGAUUCACUGUUGAGGACUGUGAGGAAAGGGUUUCAAGAUAAAACUGCUACUAUCAUACAAUUUUAGCUAGGAGUAUAAAUCAGUUGGAUGUAUUAUAUGUUCUAAGAUUGUUCUUUGAACAAUCAGAUACAAUUUAACUUUAAAGAUGAGAAUUUUGCUCUACUUAAGUGUAGUUAAUUAAGACUAACCUGAGAUUUAUUUAGACAUAUUUCAAAUGAGGAAUGAGAUAUGAUUUUACUUUUCCAGUCAGCACUCUCCAACCUAUUCAGUAAAUGUUAUUGAGUUACUCUGCAAAGUAUCUAGAGAAUUCCUGGAAACAAGACCUUUGGUCAAAGCAAUGUUUACAAACUUCUUUCCUUACCUGGACUUUCUUUUUUAAAAAAAUCUGUAAGCUUUAUCUCAGCAAAAGUGAAAAUAAAGAUGCAAAUGUUUUUGCUAGAUAAAGUCAAGGUCUUGCAAGUUCAGCUUUCUGUUUCAUUCAGCUCUCUUCAUCAAAUGCCUCUGAAAAUUAAUAAGGGGGAAGUUUGUCUGCAGCAUCUGGCUUUAGGAGAGUUACUGCCUGUGACCAUGGAGGUUUCAUUUAGCUGCCUUAGCUAAUGGCUUCUGAUUUAUUCUUUCUGAAUUUCUCUAGGCCUUCAAAAAAGUCACCUGAGGUAAAAGUUCAUACCUCAGGGUUCCAUAAGUUACUUCUUCAGACAGUACAUACAGUCAGUCUUGAACACUUCAGGGGUGUUCCAAGUUCUGGCAUUACGAGAGUGUGAGAAACAUUUGUCUUUGUGUUGCGUUCCCAUUCAUAUUUUAUGGAACUCUUAUUAUCCCACCCUUUCCCCCUCCCCCUUGAGUUUGUUAGUUUAGAAAACCACACAUUCCUUGUAGGAAGGUGUUUGAUGCCUUUGAUUUUAGCCCACAAUCCAGUGCACACUUCAUUAGAAGUAAAUACCCUAGCAGAAAUUGGGACUAACUGAGCAAUCCUAUCAUUGAGUAAUGCUGGCUGAGGGGCUUUAGCAUAUGGCAGAAACCCCACUAUGCUAGUGGAACUCAAUACAGUGGUACCUCAGGUUAAGUACUUAAUUCGUUCCAGAGGUCCGUUCUUAACCUGAAACUCUUCUUAACCUGAAGCACCACUUUAGCUAAUGGGGCCUCCUGCUGCCACCGCACCGCCAGAGCACGAUUUCUGUUCUCAUCCUGAAGCAAAGUUCUUAACCUGAGGUAUUAUUUCUGGGUUAGCGGAGUCUGUAACCUGAAGCGUAUGUAACCUGAAGCGUAUGUAACCCUAGUUACCUCUGUAUAUACUGGCAGAGCAUUUCACUGGCCUAUCUGAAGUAUUCUGCCCAUGAACAUGCUCUCAGAAUGGCCAAAAUUGGGUGAAGCCAUGGGCAGGACAGAGGAGCAGCGAAGGAGCACAAUUAUGCCAUAUUAUGCAGUCCUCCAGGCCACACCCACACUCCCAUUAAUGGUGUAACUUUACACUGGCUCCAGACCUGGCUCAAAAAAAUUCCUUCUCAUUAAGUUCAGUGGGAGGAGGGGAAAUGGCUUUCCCCACAUCUACUCCUCCCACCACAAAACACCAUGUGCUACGCUUAUUCAUGGUAUCUCAGCUCUCAGUCUCAGCACACCACCGCAGAUGUAUAAAUUCCACACAGGGAGACCAUAACUCUGGUGAUAGGCCAUGUAAGGUGGGGCUAUAUUUGCCUGGUUGUGUACACUUAGAGCUCAUAAAGGGGAACCUUAGGGAGCGGAAUUAUGGGGAAAGGGCACAUUGUGCAAACAGCCUUUCUCCAGGACACAUAUGGGGACAGGAGCACAUGACUAACACUUCUCUUGAGACUCCCACUUUUGGAUUGCCCUGCUCUGAAAAGUAAUAGACACUAUAGGCAUUGGUCCUUCAGAACGUGGGCUUUCCUAUAAAGUUGUGCACAUUUUCUGUUUAGUCAGUCAUAUGAGCUCCUCCAGCUAGUUUGCAAACUGCUGUCAGGAUAAGUGGUUCUUAAAUAAACAGAACUUUAGCAGCGAGACUCAGGCUAAGCAGGUUCCCAGACACUUGGCCAGAAACACUUCCUUUUCUUUGGUUUUCCCUGGUCUGCCUUUCAUGGCAGCAUCCAUCCCUUUUGCAUCCAGUCUCAUGGCUUCAGCCUACCCUUCUUGGAUAGAAUCUCUGCAGCUGUUAACCACAGGGCCCAGCCUUACCCUAUGAUAUGAGCACAGGCUCAUGUCUUCCAAGUCAUAAAAGGAGAGGCCUUGGAUUUUUUUUGUUGCGGAAAGCUUGUUGCUUCUAGUGCAGAAUCAAAUGAGCACGGUGAUAUUAUGUCACCACAUUCCAGUGGGUCCCUCUACACAAGGAAUCCUUAAUUGAAGGUAGAAGAUGUGUUGCUUGUCAGUGAUGAGCUUGGGAGAUGAUGGCUAAUAUGUUGGUGCAUACAAUGGGGUGCCCAAUGUCAGAGGCAAUUAGGUCCACUGUGAAAUCAUGGGAACUCAAGGGUGUGUUAAGAGUUAAGGAAAUGUUGAAACUGUUCAUGGCAGUGUUGUCGUGGUGUCUGACAGCAGUGUGGACAUCCAGCUCUCAUGGGUUUUGCAAUGAACCCACUUUUUUGCAGUUGGACCCCCAGUAUGUUUUUUAAAACUAUUUUUAAUUUUGGUUUUAUUUUUUAAAAAUCCAAAAGAGAAGCCUUUUCAAAAGAAUUAGAAAGUGAGAUUUAAAAGCGCCCCAUUCUUGUGCGUGUGUGACAUUUAGUGGCAAACAUAACAAGCAUACUAUGUGUGCCAUAUAUUUGAGUAAAUAAGUUUGAAUAGUACACAAUACAGAAGUAUGCAGUUACCUUUUAGAGGCAAUUUUUAUUGUUGUCAGUCUUCAGAAAGUCCCUGCGAGGUUCCUGAUUUCAGAGUCACUCAGUGUCAAAUUUGGUGAAAUCCCUUGGGAUGAAUGGCUUUAUAACGCCAUAAUAACCCAUGCCUCCUAGGACACUUUGAGGGAUGGGGAAAUCCAUGAUUAGAGUCGGUGCUAUUUUAGCAGCUUGCCAGCACACGAAAGUGUUUCCGGACACUUCCAAGCCAGACCAGCUGUGUCCUCUUUCCUCCCUCUCUUGUUUGUGUGGGAGGAAGUGUGUGUGUCUCAGCCGAAGUCCUCAGUGGGAAAUGAGGAGCCAGAGGGCGUGGUGCUCACAUGUAGGAGUGUUUGGGGGGGCGGGGGGAGAAAGACGUCAGCAGCCUCCACACCUUCAGGGUUCAGAGGCCAUUCCCAGCUUUAUUUGGCAGAUUUGUCACCUGCGCAGCAGCGCAGACAGCCUGGCAGACAAACGAGUGAGGGAUGUUGAUCUGGGAGGAGAAGAGCACCCUGGAAUGGCUUCCGUCGCAGAUUGUUAAGCUGUUUGGUGAGGAGUUGGGUUUUUCUUGAUGAAAAUGUGAUCCCCGCCCCCUCGUUCAGGUACUAGGACUUUGUGAAAUGGGUCUAGGAGCAGGGAAAGUUUCCUCCUGGCAGCCAGAAGGAAUCUGGAUAGAGAUGGAAGUUACAGUAGCUGACAGAACAUGGACUUGUUGCCACUCACUUGUCUACCUGCUUGGAGCUAGUGGAGAAAGCCAGGCAGAGUUACGCUAUACCCUUGAAGGACACUCAAAAGUGCAUUCCUGCCCCCCUCCAAUGAAUUCUGGGCAAUGUAGUUUGUUCAGAGUUGCUGGGAAUGAUAACUCUGUGAAGGGUAAAUGACAGUGUCCAGAAUUCUUUGAGGGAAUGAAUAUGUUUCAAAUAAGCUUUAAAGGUAUAAUGUGUAGGAAGAGGCUGUGGCAGAGAGCAGGUCAGAGUCAGAAGUGGAGUCUGGAAAGGAGGGAGGCCCAGAGGCAGAGUGGAGGCAGGCUGCUGAAGAUGCCAGGGGGUUUCCCCUUCCUGCUGUGAUCAGCUCUCCUCCCUCCUGGUCUUCCAGAACAUGCAGAGGAAUGAAGAGGGCAGAUCAAAGAGAGACAAGACAAAGGACCCUCAGGAUAGGAGGAACAUUAGAGAGCGGUGGAGAAGCAGAGACCCUUCAGUCCUUGCAGCUGCCUCAUUGGGGCAAGAUGUGCUGGGAACAGUUGCUGUGACCACUAGGCCUGAGAUGUUUUGUUUCUUUGAAUAAAGAGUUAACCUCCCAGGCACUUUGUGAGUUAUUGCUGACCUGCUCUCAGCUUCCGCCUUGAGAACACCUCACUUGUGGAGUGUUCUGGGCACUUAGUCUUCAAGAACUUGUUUAUCAUCCUAGUAUAUGUAUGGUGAAAACCUAGUAGAAAUCCUUAAUUUCACAAUUGCUUCCAUAAAUGUACAUAAAAUUUAUAGAGCAAAAGAUACAUGAACUAUAUGUCUCCUUGGAACAUACUCCUAGUUAGUACAAAAACUCUGCUGAGUUGCAAAAGAAUAUGUUGUUGCACUAGUUAAUAGAUAUGCUUUAUUUAGGAAAUAGCUGAAUUAGAAAGCUGGAAAAUGUUUAAAUCAAUUAUGUACAGCAGCCCUUUCAUCUUGGUGGUUUUCACUUUGAUUAAAAUUGCUGUUCCCAGCAACUCCCUCUAAUUUAUGUGUCAGGUAUAAUUUGUGUAAGAUGAACCUUAACAUUUCAGGAUUCCCUGACAAAACUUUCUCUCCGUGCAGACUUCCCUCGGUUCCUGCUUACCCCGUCUCCUGGCAGAGAUGACGUUCCAACCUCUGCUGCCUCAGGCAUAAGCUCUUCAGAGCACCCUCUGAACCACCCGCCUGCAGCCCUGACCAAUGCUAGCCACAUUAUGGAGGACUGGAGCGAUGUGGCCCAAACACCUUCUGAUGCUACCUCACUGAGGGCUGGACUGUUGCACAAUGCCAACAACAAUGCCUCCUCAGGGCCCUGGCGAGGCCUGAAGAGCCCAUCCCUUUCUUCUGCUGUCUCCCAUUCCAAACUAAGCUACCUGGAGCGUGUGGUCUUGGAGAUUGUGGAGUCGGAACGCAUGUAUGUGCGGGAUUUGCGAAGUAUCAUAGAGGUAAGCGCGCCCAUAAUGCUUGCCUGCCUGUGAGGAUGGAGUUCUUCAGUUCACUGCUGCAGUUUGUUCUGUCAUAUAAGGGCCUCCCAUCUUUUGAUCUGGGCAUUAAAGAUGUAGGAAAACCUGGCCUGGACUAAAGGUUAGGAGCUGGUGCCUGCACGCCUUCCAUCAGCCUUCAGGCCAAGAAAACCCCUCAGUAUUCUACUGUGCAGAGUCCUUCUGCUUUGCCCUCAGCAGCGAACUUCACACACUGUUUCCCAAACAGGGAUGUACUGAUCAUUAUUUUCAGAGGCACAAAACACUUCCUGCUUGCCAUGUUGCAGUGUGCGAAUGCAGCGCAUUGUGUGCACUGCUAUGGACCUUGUUUAUUUGCAUGCUAUGGCUGAAGGGCCAGGUAGUUCUGGUGCUAAUUAUUUCCUGGUUUAGAGUAUAGAAAGGGGCUUUCUGCCCUGUUGGGACACUGUUUAGGCUGAGUGUAGGAAACAGAGAGUGUAUGGUGGGAGCUGUGGGCUUGAAAGACCUACAUUGGCUCCCAGUACGUUUCUGAGCACAAUUCAAAGUGUUGGUGCUGACCUUUAAAGCCCUAAAUGGCCUCGGUCCAGUAUACCUGAAGGAGCGUCUCCACCCACAUCGUUCUGCCCGGACACUGAGGUCCAGUACUGAGGGCCUUCUGGCGGUUCCCUCGCUGCGAGAAGCCAAGUUACAGGGAAUCAGGCAGAGGGCCUUCUUGGUAGUGGCACCCGCCCUGUGGAACACCCUCCCACCAGAUGUCAAAGAGAAAAACAACUACCAGACUUUUAGAAGACAUCUGAAGGCAGCCCUGUUUAGGGAAGCUUUUAAUGUUUAAUAGAUUAUUGUAUUUUAAUAUUCUGUUGGAAGCAGCCCAGAGUGGCUGGGAAAGCCCAGCCAGAUGGGCGGGGUAUAAAUAAUAAAUUAAUAAUAAUAAUUAUGAAUUAUAUUGGGGAUGGGGGCAGGUCUGAGGCCCUCCUGAUGUUGGAGGCCUCCAAUUAGCCCCAACCAACAGAGUCAACUGUCAGGAUUGAUGGGAGUUGCAGUCCAACAAGCUCUGGAGGGCCUCAGGUUCCUCACCCCUGGAUAAUAUGGGAAUUCCCUAGAACAUUGAUUAGGUUGAUUAGAUCCCCACCACCACCACAUGUUUAGGUGGCUGGAGUUUGGGGCAGUCUGUCGUAUUUGCUUGCUCAUUUUGCUACAUGGCAAUACUUAUAUGACACAAUGUGACUUGGCAGAAUUACUUGGCGAAGAUCAUAGACACUCAAGAGCUGCUUCUACGGCCAGAACAAGUUAGUGCACUCUUUGGGAACAUUGAGGAUAUCUAUGAACUGAACAGGUGAGUGCGAUGUUUGAUCAACGUGGCCUCACUGGCAACUGCCCCUGCCCCACCCCUUCUCUCUGUAUUUGCCAGAGAGGACUGAAAAUCUGUAAGCACAGCAGAAGGUACCUCCUCCCUAAAUGGUCACAGUCCUAUCAUUGGGACAGGUUGGUGGAUGGCAGGAGACUCACUUGCUUUGCUCUCCCUUGCCUUCCUGCUCUCUCCCUGUCUGCAUAAGCUCCGCUGACACGUCUUAGGCUGCAGUCAUAGAAUUGUAGAAUUGUGGAGUUGGAAGGGACUUGAGGGUCAUACAGUCCAACCCCCUGCAAUGAAGGAAUCUCAACAUUCCCCCAUCCAAUUUGAAACUAUACUGGACCCCUUAUCCCCUUAUCCCACUUACCUGGGAUAAUCAGUAGAACUUCUAAGUAGACGUCAUUUAAGAUUGCGUUGUUAUUAAUGAGAAGCCAGCCCUGUGUUUUGCACAUUACUGAAGUCUGCCUUGGGACAGGCAUUUUCCUGUCACCUCUUUGCCAUGAACUUGAAACACUUUACGCAUCUUAUGGAAGCUGAUAGAUGCAGAUUAAUGCCUACUGAUUGUGUUAUCAAGCUGAAGCUGACUGGAGGGUUGGAUUGUGUGGGCGGCAAGCUUCUGAUAAGUUCUGCUCCUCGCUUGAUCCAGCUCCCCUAUUGCUGGAAAGCGGGAGCCAACAUUCUUUCACAUUUAGCCAGAAGGUUUGUCUCAUUCUGAAAGUCUGCAAAAUAACAACAUGGAUGUUUGACCCUUGGGGUUUAUUUGAACUGUCUUGGGCAGACAUGGCUGCAGAAAGGAAAGUGGAGAGACAGUGUUGGUCUCAGAGCAGGGAAGCAACAUCCUUCCCUGUAUGAUGGAGCACUGAGGAGAGGAGAGGUCAAAGGGGUAGACUGAGUUCAAAUUGCUCCCGGCUUACUGGGCGUUCUUGGUUUUGUUGCUUGCCUGUUCUGUGAACUAGCUUCCCCUCCCGAAAUUAAAAAGUUCCUUGGGGCAGACAUGAGCUCAUAGUUUGUCACUGCAAGACACUUUGGGCAGUGGGGAAAUGCUGUUUGUAACAAAUAGGCUACACAAAUAGUUGCUGGAGCAGCUAGUUGGCCAUUUUAACCAACGAGUGCCCCUCUUUCUGUGUAACUGCUGCCUUGUGUUUUUGGCUCCCUGGCAACAGUGGAAGGGCUUCCCCUGUGCAGGUGGGUGCUGUGAGUACUGUUCCCAAAUCUUUGCAUGCCUUCAAUUUUGCUUCUAUGUUUGGGACUUGGAGGGGAGGGAAAUGUUGUUUGCAUUUUGCCUCCCGCAUGUACCCAUCCUGUCCCUUGAGUGCCUAUGCUACUGAAAUUCUGUGCUUAGAAUAUGUGACACAAGAGGCUUCGCCAUGUGUGUGUGUGUGUCUGACUCAUUGAUUCCUCCUUUUCUCCAUUUCUGCUCAGUGAGCUUCUGCAGGAUCUGGACAGCUGCCACAAUGAUCCUGUUGCCGUGGCAAGAUGUUUUGUGGACAGGGUAAGGAGAUGAGCAGAUACUGUGUUGUGGUAAUCUCUGACUGUAUAAUGGAGUGUCACAGAAUUCUGCUACACAAGCCCUUUCGACACCCUUAUUGGGUGCUUCCAUUAGGUAUGAGGGCUUAAACAAACAGUACAUAGGGUGAGGUUGGCAUUCCUUUUAUACAACUGUACUGGGCAUGUUUUGAGAGGCAAGCUGAGAUUAUUGCUAAGUGAAUAUCCAGCCAUCUUUUACUGAUUGCGCUCUCUCUCUGUCUCUCUCUCUCUCCCUGCAACAGAGUCAGGAUUUUGAUAUCUACACUCAAUACUGUAACAACUACCCUAAGUGAGUAUCCUUUGCAGUGAAGAGAGAACUGGUUUCAUGGGUGACCCUUUCCCCUCUAAUAACUUAAUCUUUUUAACACAGAAGAAACCUUUGGUCAGCCUCUGUCUAUGCGGAAUGCAGAAUAGUUUGUAGGUGCUUUUUUUUUAAAGUCAGCGUUCAGUGACAAGAUAACCCAAAUCUUGCACUAAAACCAGCUGAAUUCUUCAGACUGUACAUCUAAUAUUGGGAAUAGCCACUGUGGUACCCUCCACAUGUUGUGGGAUUACAAGUCCCUUCAGCCUCACCCAGGCUAGCCUAUGGUCCGGGCUGAUGGGAGCUGUAGUCCAGCAACAUCUGAAGGGCAACAUGUUGUUGUUUUUAUUAAUAAAAUUUGUAUACUCCCUUCAUCCUAAGAUCUCAGGGCAUUUCACAGCAUAAAAAUACAGAAUAAAACCACAAAGCACCUAAUGUUGGCUGCCCUUGAUUUAUAUAGUCUAGCAGAAACAGAACAUGUUUAUGAAAGCUAAGCAGAUUUGCAUGAUUUAUAUAAAUCUGUUUAUCUUUCAUAAAAGUUUCUGCAAAUCGUAGCAAGAGGCAAAGAACAAGGCAAGGUAAUGAAGCCCCACAGCUGUUCUCAAAAGUCCUGCUCCAGGGGUCUUCCUCUUCUUUCCCUCUAACAGGCUGACUUUCCAGGUUUCCCCACACUCAUCAAAGGAAAUUCCCUGUAGGAGGUACAGGAUGUGCUAUAUUGCCAAAGUCUGAUUGCUUCUCUCUAUUAGCUAGUCUGGCUGUCACUGGCUUCCGGAUCUUGUUUCUAAACCCUUGCAUUGCAGUCCCUUGUCGGGGUGUUUGAUCAUGCCUGUCUGUCAACUCAUCUUCAGGGGAAGGUGGGAGGUUCUCUGCUUUGAUCUUCAGUGCUAUUCAUUAUACCAUAAUGGGUUUGACCCUCUAGCUCUGUGGCAGCUCUGACCGAAUGCAUGAGGAACAAACAGCUGGCCAAGUUCUUUCGCGAGCGGCAAGAGCAAAUCCGUCACUCAUUGCCCCUUGGCUCCUACCUUCUCAAGCCUGUCCAGCGCAUUCUCAAAUAUCACCUGCUCCUUCAGGUAAUAUAGCAGUAGCCUAGUUGUGUUGUCUAACUUUGCAGCUUGGGGACCUGUGUGUUUCACUCUCUACCUGUUUUGUCUAAAAUUCAACCAUAAAAUGUGCAGAUCUGUGUUCAAGCAAAUAUCACCUCCCUCUUAGAAAAUGUAUUGGUCGCUAGUCAAGUGGGAACAGUUGAGAACUAAUACAGAGUUUGAGUAUUUGCAAUUAUACAAAUAGUCUCUGUGGGUCACACAUGAGGAAAUAUAGAUUAUAGGAAUUAGCUAUACAAGAAAAUGGUUUCUCAGAAUCUCUGUACGUAUUUCAAAACCAGCCCUAUUUCUGUGAAGGAAUCAGAUUUGUAUGUUACCAGUGUUUAUCCAUUUAUGCAGAGAUAGGAUACUUUCCCCAAUUGCUCUACAUUAUGUUUUUCAUAAUUCAAGUACCGUACUUUUCGCACCAUAGGAUGCACCGGACAAUAGGACGCACCUUGUUUUAGAGGGGGGAGAACAAGAAAAAAAAAUCUCCCCCUCUCUGCCCAGCACCCGUUCAGCGAAGCGGCAGGAGUCGCUGCGCAGAGAGGGGGAGAAUUUCCCCCCUCUAAAACAAGGUGCUGUUCAAGGUGCGUUCAGUUACCUUCAGGCGGCUACCUUGGAAGCCUGGAGAGAGGGGUCGUUGCACACCAACCCCUCUCGCUGUACAGGCUUCAGGUUCUUUUCGACCUGCUCUUUGGGGCUGGCGGGGGGGAAGCCCACCACCAGCCCCAAAGAGCAGGUCGGGGAGCAGCGGAAAGCUUCUAUGGCUUCUUUAGCUCCACACGCGCUCUCCCAGCUGGAGAGGUGGCGCGCGGCUAAAGAGGCUCCUGCCAUAGCCGCGCUUCACCUCUCCAGCCGGGAGAGGGUCACAGGGCUAUGGCAUCUUCGCUCCAUAGGACGCACACACAUUUCCCCUUCAUUUUUGAAGGGGAAAAAGUGCGUCCUAUAGAGCGAAAAAUACGGUAAAUAACAAAAAAAGUAAUGUAAGAAGAGCCCUGGUGGAUCAGGCCAAAGGCCCAUCUGUCCCAGCACCCUGUAAUUGGUGAUUAGCCUGUCGGAAGCCUGCAGGCAAUUCAUCAUACCACUAAAGCCUACAUCUUCCUACGCUGAUUUUCAUAAAAUGUUCUUGAUACUGUCAUAUUUUAAGUUUAACAACAAUAGACAUAGCAUUUGAGUAACUUAAUGGGUGUGCUUUUUUAAUAUAACUACUGAAAUGAUUCCACCCAUGAUCUUUUCUCCAAUUAAUAUGGCCAUAAUGGCCAAAUCCCACACAAUCUUUUGUGUAAAUUAAACUUCUUGCAGUAAGUUAUGAUUUCUUGCUCGUAUUUAUCCAAUGGACUGAUCCUUCAAUAUGGUUCAAAGGAAAAAGACCAGGUCUAAUUGAAUUUGCUAGCCUAGACUCUAUCAAGCAGUCCCACCAUGGAUGAUAAUAGUCACCUUUUCGUACUUCCAUAGGUGAAUGACUUUUGUUGUUGCUGCUGCUGCAAUCAUAUGGCAUCUUGCCACCAUGUUGAAAAAGUUUUUUUGCAUUGUUAUUUUUAAAGAAAGCAUGGGACUUUGGUUCCAAAGAUUCUCCCCAAAAACCUAUGGAAAUUUCACUGAUCCAGCAGAAGUUUCCAUGAAAGGGUGAAGUGAGCUGCUUCUGCCUACAGUUCCUGUGCCAUCUUCCUAACCUGCUCCAGAGGGUUUCCCAACCUGGAGCAGAUUUUUGCGGAAUCACGGUGUUACGUAGGGAAGAAGGAUCAACGGACAUAGUCUCAAAAAUCCUGAACAGCGCACCCCAGGCUUCGGGAUGCAGGCAGCGCUCCGCAACCCUUGGGAGACCGGCGUGACUUCCCACCGGGCUCCCACGGCUUGCGGAGAGCUGCCCGAAGCCCGGGGCGUGCUCCGCUGCGCUCCCCAGGUUUUGGGCUGCAGGCUGCUGUCCGCAAGCCUUGGGAGCCCGGCGGGAACUUCCGACCCCUCUCGCUCUCCAGGCUUCAGCGAAAGCCUCCAUUCGCCCCAUAGGACGCACACACAUUUCCCCUUCAUUUUUGGGCGAAAAAUACGGUAUGUCAUGAUUUAUGCUUCUUAAGGCUUUGGGGAAGGGCCAUAGUUCAGUGAUAAGAGUAUCAACUUCAAAAGCAGAAGGUCUCAGGUCCAAUCCCUGGCAUUUCCAGGUAGGGUUGGAAUGUCCUACCUAACUCGAAAGACCUGCUGUCAAUCACUAUGGACAGUUCUGAACUAGGUUGACCAAUGAUCUGACUCACUCAGCAUAAUGGGGUUUUUAAAAUGGCUUUAAGUUAUUACUUGGCUUGACCCUUGUAUACUCUCCUGGGCCCCAGAGCUUAGUAAACUGGGCAGUGGUCAAGAGACAACAAACCGGUGAAAUGAAUUUGUGUUAGAGAGCCUUACAACACUUGGCUUAUCUUCUUGGCUGUGUGGUUUUGUCGUAGGAGAUAGCAAAGCACUUCGACAUAGAAGAGGAUGGCUAUGAAGUGGUGGAAGAGGCGAUUGACACCAUGACCUGUGUGGCUUGGUAUAUCAAUGACAUGAAACGGAAGCACGAGCAUGCUGUGCGCCUGCAGGUAAUUUGAAAGGGGAAAGUUGUCCCAGGUGUGGCAUUAUCCUUGGAGAGCUGUGGCAAUUCGCAAGUAAGUGUUGUAUGUUCACACUGCCUGAUGCAUCAGGCAAUGCCACCUUUCCACAACCCAUAAAGGGAAAUUCCCUUAAGUACGUAUAUGCAAAAUGAAACUGACUUGCAAAACACGAUGGCAACCAUGUGUGUUAUUACUAUCUUUAGAGGUUUGCUCUCUUUCCUGCUGCUUCCUAGCACUGCAACAUUCCUUACCAUGAAGUGUUGUUAGCUAAAGGGAUUUUUAAGAUAGAUUGAUAGAUAAAAGGCAUUUUUGGUCCAGUAUUCCCUUUUCCUCAUUCCAGUUUGCAAUGUCUAAUGUCCCCUUUUUUUCAGACCUCAGUACAUACAUACACUGUGUCGUUUUUCCUGUGCUGCAUUCCCCCCCACCCACUUCCCAUUAUUUCAGUCAUAUCACAGCAGCACACUUUUCAACAUCUUGUGCCAGUCAUUUAAGCCCUUUCAUAAAAUGUUUAACUUCAUGGCCCUUCCAACAAUACCCAUGGAGCUUAACAUCAAGGAGAUGUGACAAGACACAAGCCUGGAAAUCCCAGAUGAGGAAGUGAUUAUCUGCAUUUCUUUCCUGUUCAGGGACUGACCCCUAGUACUGAAUUAUCAAUUUUUGGUUUGAGCCUUAACACAAUUAGAGUCCUGGAAAUAGCCUCAAAAUAUCACCCCAGCAGAUUUUAAGUGCAUUCCCAGUUUGCUUGCACUUCCUUAUCCUCUCAUCGUUCCAGAUUUCAUUUACAUUAUUCAGUCUUGCAAACACCCUUGUGAGGACUCCACCCUUAUCAGCAUUAGUGUCAUGGAUAUUUACUGACAAGUUCCCAAACAUUGAAUUUAACUUUUUCUCUUCUUGAAGUUUUAGAAGUGCACAUAGGUUGCUGUAGGUCAGGCAUGGCCAAACUUGGCCCUCCAGCUGUUUUGGGACUACAACUCCCAUCAUCCCUAGCUAACAGGACCAUCGUCAGGGAUGAUGGGAGCUGUAGUCCCAAAACAGCUGGAGGGCCAUGUUUGGCCAUGCCUGCUAUAGGUGGUGUCAGGCCUUACCUUAGUUUUCAUCUGUGUUUUCAGCCAAUUAAUUUAUUUCUGCAGGGAAUUUGAGCAAGGUGAUGAUGGCACCCUAUGGAAACAGUAGGCAAGCUUUAAGAUAACUACAAAAGUAAUUUGAACUGGGGCAAUCAAUUCUUUAGUCAUCUGCAAUAUACAGUGGUACCUCGGUUUAAGAACAGUCCUGUUUACGAACAAUUCGGCUUACGAACUCCACAAAACCGGAAGUAGUGUUCCAGUUUGCAAACUUUACCUCGGUCUACAAACAGAAACCGAAUGGUGGAAGGGCACCGGCGGCAGGAGGCCUCAUUAGGGAAAGCGUGCCUCUGUUUAAGAACGGAUUCGGUUUAAGAACGGACUUCAGGAACGGAUUAAGUAAACCAAGGUACCACUGUAAUGGCAUGAAAACACCCACAAAUUGGAAACUACAUAAGGAUUAGAAAGAGCAAGUUACUUAAAAUGAAGGGUUGCGAUCUGUCCUGUAGCUAUCUGUCCAGAGCAAAGGAAGAUGGUGGGAGCAAAAUUCUUUCUAAAUGACUCUUUUUAUGGGUUGGUGGUUUAUAUUACACAAGCUGUGGAUCAUAUUCUGAUCUGUGGGGGCUGUGUAGCAAAUGCUUCUUUACUGGGCUUCAGGCAAGAUGCAUGAAUUGCUGAUGGAAUGUCCUGUAAUAAUACCGGAGUUCCGGCUGAAUGAUUUGUCACGAUGCCCCUUCUGGCUUCAACCUGUAACAUUAGAACCCUCUGACUCAGGAAUGGGGAACCUGUGCCCAUGCUUAGAUGUUUCUGGACUGUAACUCCCAUCAUCCCUGAACAUUAGCUGUGCUGACUUGGGGCUGAAGGGAAUUGGAGUCCAGUUUGGAGGUGUACAUGUUCUCAUGGAUAGCAGAGGGAACAUUGAGGCAGAGAGAGAAGCAGCCUUGAAUAGUUCAUUAGAAGACUGGGUAUAAAUGACAGAAAUAUAUAAAAAUAGGGACUUGUGUUCCCCCUGCUGCUUUGGUUCAGCCUCACAGAGUGACUUUACACUGGACUAAUCUACUUUUCCAGUGUCUCAUAUGGAAGAUCCUUAGAAUCUUUCAAACUAAGUAGAAGAAAGGGACAAAUAUUUAGAAUACUUAAGAUUCCCUUUUUUAACUUUUGCUGAUGAAAGAGACCCUCUGGGUACGAAACCAUACAGAUCAUUUUGUUGUUGGUAAUGCUAGGCAUUUAUUUUCAAGACUGCUGACAGAUUUCAAAAAUACUUUGAAUGUUUGUGAAGGUUAAAUAGUGGAAGUGUUGGGGGGGAACUUAUAUUCUGAGUUGUGUUGAAAUGAAUGUAUUCUGCAGGCUAAAUGUAUAGCAUUGUAUCCAAUGCUUUUGUUCCUCUUGUACAAUGGGACUUCCCCCCUCUCUGCUUUUAUCUCCCCUCAAGCCCCUUGCACAUACUCAAAAUCUGCUCCAGAGGGUAGGGAGACCUCCUGGAACAACUUAUGGGGACAUGUGGGGAGAGGAAGCCCUGUUGCAUUAGUGGAACACUAUUUGUGUGGCAUUGGGUACUAUCUACAUACCAUAAUUUAUUUAUUUUUUUCAAAAUUCUCAAGUGGCAGUAAUUCUGUCACAGCACAGACUACAACCAAUGCUGGCAUCUUCGUGACUCUGUUUGGGGUUGCCUUGAAAUGGCUCCUAAUAGGGAUGGAAAUAUUUCACCUCUUUUCUGACCCGCCCCCCUUUUCUUGCUGUUUUACAGGAGAUUCAGUCUUUGCUUAUAAACUGGAAGGGUCCUGACCUGACCACUUAUGGAGAGCUUGUGCUGGAGGGUACUUUCCGUGUCCAUCGGGUCAGGAAUGAGAGAACUUUCUUCUUGUUUGACAAGAUCUUGCUGAUAACAAAGAAACGGGGCGAUCAUUAUAUAUACAAAAGCCACAUUCCAGUAAGUAGUCCCAACCUUGCAAUUUUGUCAUUCGCGAGGAUGAGUGAAUCUUUUCAGUUUUGAUUUCUGUCAAUUUUCCAAUCUUAAGUCCAGUCAUCCACAUUUCCACAUCAGUUGGUUUGUUUUUUUACAGUCCAUGAAAAUUCACCAGCAUUUUAGUGUGAAUUUCUCCUGAUAUAUACACAUUUAUGCAAAGCAAUUUCCCCUAACGUAACAUAUUUUUUAUGCUUAUUUACCCUGAUCCAUGUACCUUUAUGCACACUUUGCCCUAAUAUUUGCAUUUUUGUACACAUUACUUGGCUGGAGGACUGCACUGCAAAAUUUGGAGAAAUGUGAAUUCCAAAGGCUGGCUGAGUUUUGUUUCAUGUGUUGUUUUGGCAAGUGCAAAAUAAGUAGAUUCACUAUUAAACGUGAACUGAAAAGAAGUUCAUCUCCCCCUCCUCCCUAUGAGUAGGCAGUGUGAUUAAUUCUUCCUCCCUGUUUUUGAGGGGUUAGGAGGGCAUCUUGGGUAUCAGGGUAGGAGGGGUGCGAGCAUGAAUCAUUCUUUGUCACUUUGGAACUCAUACCUGACAGCUGAAACAGAUGUGAAUUUAUGAUCCAGUGUAGAUGGCCCCAAGGCAAACUUUUCUCUACCUGACCUGACUCUCCCACUGCUGCUGCCUUCUGUCUUCCAGCACAAUCCUAGGCAUAACUCAGGAGGGGAGAGGGACGGCAAGGGCAUUUCUCAAAGGACACAUACAUGAGAGCAACAGUGUGGAUUUGUUACCCUUCAAAUACCCCGUUGCAAGAAAACGGGGAGGUUUGCUCCACAGACACAUUUGCAUUAGUGACUUUGAAUGCAAAAUCAAAGGAGUGGCGGCUUUUCCAGACUAAUUAAGAGGAAAAGGGUAUCAAUGGGUGUGCUGCUAUUUCCACACAGCCAAAAGGGAGUGGGGGGGAAUCAAUUUUUCUUGCUACUGGCUUGUAUAUAAAUUGCAGUGGCACGUGCUGACCCCACAGUGUGAUGGUGUGAAGUGACUGCACCAGAUUUCACCCCCAUCUCCUUUCUCUUUGUUUCGCUCUUGCCAAGAAAGGCUAACCUUAAUCUUUCUGUACAUCAAACAUUUAUAUAUUUAUAUGUGCCACUCUAGCCCAUCUCAAAGGCACAGGAACUGACAACAACAUGUGCAUAUGCAAGGUGGUAAUAGAUCUGUUCCAACCCAAUACAAUUCUGCUUGGCUGUUUUAAGCCUGAGAGGUGUAUGCACUGGGUACUUUUUCUUUACUUGAAUCUGUGUUCCUACCAUAACCAAGUAUGAAUAUGCUUUGGAUGUGCUGAUGGCAUCAAAUUCUUUGGGGAAGGGGUGGGGAGAGAGGGUCAGUGGAUCAUGGGGCGGGAGGGAGACUGAUGUUCAUUACAGUGGUGCCCCGCAAGACGAAUGCCUCGCAAGACGGAAAAACCGCUAGACGAAAGGGUUUUCCGUUUUGAAGUUGCUUCGCAGGACGAAUUCCCCUAUGGGCUUGCUUCGCAAGACGAAAAUACCUUGCGAGUCUUGAGAUUUUUUCCGCUUCCCCCUUUAUCUAAUCUGCUAAGCCUUUAAUAGCCUUUAAUAGCCUUUUAGCAGCUAAUCCCUAAGCCUUUAAGCCUUUAAUAGCCGCUAAACCGCUAAUAGCGCUAAUAGCGCUAAUCCGUCAAUGGGCUUGCUUCGCAAGACGAAAAAACCGCUAGACGAAGACUCUCGCGGAACGGAUUAAUUUCGUCUUGCGAGGCACCACUGUAGUUCUGAAUACAGCAUGUUUUGCUUCUUUAUAUUAUUUAUGUCUGUUCUAAAAUUCAGUACGCUACAUUGUUUUUAAAAAGGAACUGACAACAACACAGGAAUUGAUAAACACACACUUAUAAAUACAGUGGUGCCUCGCAAGACGAAAAGAAUCCGUUCUGGGAGUCUCUUCGUCUAGCGGUUUUUUCGUCUUGCGAAGCAAGCCCAUUGAUGGGAUUAGCGGAUUAGCGCUAUUAGCGCUAUUAGCGGCUUUUAGCGGCUUUUAGCAGUUUAUCAGCUUAUCGGAUAAGCAGAUAAGCGGCUUAGCGACUUAGAAAAAGAGGGGGGAAAGGGAAAAAAAAACCCAGGAACUCGCAAGACAUUUUCGUCUUGCGAAGCAAGCCCAUAGCAGAUUCGUUUUGCGAGGCACCUCCAAAACGGAAAACUCUUUCGUCUAGCGAGUUUUCCGUCUUGCGAGGCAUUCGUCUUGCGGGGCACCACUGUAUUAUAACACACCUUAUGGUCGUCGUCCCCAAUCCUUGGCCACCCAAAGUUGGUCAGGUUAAAAGGUCUUUGUCGUCCUUCUGAGGAUGCCUCUCUGUUUAUCCUGGCAGCCCUCGGAUGAUUCAGAGAGAUGGCAGAUUUGGCGAACUUUUGUUGUUGACAUUGUAAUGGGUACAUUGGUUUGACAUCUCUCCCUCUGCUCCUUCAGUGCUCCUCCCUGAUGCUGAUUGAGAGUACACGAGACUCUCUGUGCUUCACCGUCACCCAUUACAAGCACAGCAAACAGCAGUACAACAUCCAGGUGAGAUAAGCCACUGUCCUUUAUAAGGGGGUUUGAAAGUGAUUUGCGGGCAAGAUGCGGAGAUAGUUGGAAACGUGUGUUGAUGGGGUGCCUGAUGCAGAACUGGUAGCCUGAAUAAUGGCAGGCGCCCAGUGGAAAUAAUAGGGCCAGUAACAGGACCUGAGAAAAUGGGUUGAUUGGUUUGGGGGCAGAGAAUGCAAGGGUCAGGUUGUGUGUUUUGGAAGGAAGAGGAUGUGAAUGAGGGGUUAGGGCAGUUUGGUGGUGCGUUUCAAUGCCAAUGUUUGUCAGCGGUGUGGAGAUACUGGUGAUAAGAAUGCCAAUUGGGGAUUAUCAUAAGAUUUUGAGUUGUUAAGUGUCCGCAGAAGGUGGGGUUGGUGGCAAGGUUUGGGAAGGAGCCCUGGUGCCUGGUGUGUGUGUUUGCAUGGGAAAUACAGGAAAGAGUGGCAACACUCAAAAAGGGCUGAGGUGUAGCUGAGUCAGGUGAGUAAUCCUGGCUUCCAAGAUGCAUAAGGCGUACUUUUGUUCCCAGGCCAAAUCGGGGGAGGAGAAGCGGGUUUGGACUCAUCACAUCAAGCGCCUGAUUCUGGAAAACCACCACGCCAUCAUCCCUCAGAAAGUAAGUGGUGGCUCUCCUUCCUUCUCCUUCGCAUGCCUGUAGAAUGGAUGCUGGAGACCCCAUGGAGUUCUCUGCCUUUCUUUAAAACUUAGUCUGAGCCAUGUCUCAAGAAAUGCUCUUUUUCUUUUUUGAAUCACAGGGGUGCUAUUGGAGGUGUUCUUUCUUCUAUACAUCUUUGCUUUUUCUUUACUCUUGAGUAGGCUUGAUUGGUUCUCUUUACUGAAUCAUACAAAGCCCAGCCAUAUCAAGCUAGGCCUAGGCCUAGGAGCUUCCAUAACGUGGGUAUGAGAGGUUUGGGGUUUGGAAUUUUGUCUUCUCCUUUGUCCAACCGAGAAAGGGGCAACAGUUGUGGUGGAAUUGGUUCCUAGUGUCCAGGGAUGAUGGGGCUGAGGGGAACCUCCUUUCUCCUUUCCUAUCUCUCUGCUAUUCUCUGGGGGAGGGAAGAGAGGUGGGAACUCCCCAUUGCCUCAGGUUUCAGGAUCCUGGGUUUCCAGUUUAGUGCUAAGCCAAUACCUUCUUUUCUUCAGGCCAAGGAAGCUAUCUUGGAAAUGGACUCAUACUGUAAGUUUCCAUUAUUUUCUAAAAAAAAAAAAAUUGUCCCAGUAGUUUGUUUUUAGAAACGCUCCUCCUGCUUACUGUGUCCUCAGCAGGGCAAGACAGCAGACAUGUCAGAAUUUCCCAACACAGGUCUAAGAAUGUACUCUGCCUCAUGGGGUUAGGUUCUAUCAUCUGGUUGCAGGAAGAUUACACAACACAGAAAUCAACAAUAAGUGGAAUGUGAUUCCGAGAUGUGCUGCUGUAUUGAUGAUCCAAUUCUCUGUCUCUUGUAAUUAAUAUAAUUGUCACCUCCUUGGAUUGCGAACUGAGCCUGAGUUUGCUUGCUGGGGCCUCUGUUGCUAAAUGUAAUAUUCAGGGGAUUAGAAUGGUAAGGUGGUGUUAGCUUGGUUCAUGCAUGAGGGGGUUGGUCAUACCAAGUGGGGGCAGUUAACAGGUUCUCAAACACUCCUGCCGCUUCCUUUAGAUCCUUCUCGCUACAAAUAUAGUCCAGAGAGGCUGAAGAAGUCCUGGUCAUACCAACCUACAGAAGACAUUCCUCAGUAUGGCCGGCAGGGGCGCCGGCAAUCAGGUAAACAGGGCAGGGAUGUACCUGUCCAAGCACUGGGGUGUGUGUGUGUGUGUGUGUGUGUGUGUGUGUGUAGGUGUAGGUGUAGCUGUUGUUACUGUAUCCUGAUGGCUUACCUUGUGUGUACCGCUGCUGUUGCUGUUGACUAUAGGCAGAAGUUUUUGUUUUCUGUAGUGGCUUGUCCAGUAGUCUGUUGAUAGAAAUUAAUAUUUGGCCUUGGAGCUUAGUGCAGCUGACAGGUGCUGGAGCAUUUACUCUGCCAAGGCCUAAUGACCUCUGGCACACCACAAACACACACAGGCAAUGUUCAGAGAACAUACCUUUGUUUGUUCUGGACAGUUCUAUGGGAAUUUUUCUCCCAGUGUCACUGUGAACUUGUCACCUUCACUUCAGCAAUACAGGAAGCACCAUGAAGAAUCAAAACAGAAAGGAGAACGGGUCCAGUGCUUACUGGUAGAAUACUUUUUCAUUUCCGUUCUACACGUUUUGGAGUGAAAUACUCCCCCUUCAGGAGCUGUAGACCAGGUAUAGGGAAGCUUUGGCCCUCCAGAUGUUGCUGCAUUACAACUUCCAUCAGCCUCAGAAAGCAUGGCCGAUGGCAAGGGAUGUUGAGAGUUAUAGUUUAGCAACAUCUGUUGUACUGAAGAUUCCCCAUACCUGCUAUAAAUGGAGUUAAUGGACAUUGAAAUACUGAUUCUUAAACAUAGGAUAAUACUCAUUUAUACCAUAUACAUUUUUACAUACAUAAAUGCAAAAUAAAAACUAUGAAACUUUGGUUGUCAUAGACCGUAUUGGACUUUUGUUUUAAAAAACACACUAUUCAACAACACACAUAGAGCUAAAAAGAGGUCUUGUUUCAAGUAAGUACUAGAGCCUGUUCUCCUUCCUGUUUUGAACCUCUGCUUCAGAAACAGGUAAUUCAGAGUUGGAACAUGCCAGUAAACAACUUUGUCCUCUCCCCUCACCUAGUCCCUCUUGCAUCUGCCAUCAGUAGCCUAAACUGUGGAAAAACUGUGGCAAUGGCAACCUGACUAUUUCUUGGCAGCAAGGUGAUGAAUUGGUUCAGCCUUUUGGUCUGAUCCAUCAGUGCUGCUGUUAGGGCAGUCUUCGCUGGGAAUUGUAGUCGAAAGCAUCUGGAGGCAAAUGUUUGGCAAAUGCUAUCCUAUGCAAUUUCCACACUCAAGAAGUAUUUACCAUUCUUUCACAACAUUCAGGCCAAUCUGCUUCCAAAUUCAGGAGGCUAGGAUAGGUGGACUUGAAGACACAUAGCUGACAGACUUCAACCGGGCUAGUCCUCCAUCCGCAGCCUUGAUCUGAGUCAGUAUCCCAGGGUGUCAGGUAGAGAGGCCUUUCCCAUUCCUUCUACCUGAAAUCCAGGCUGGGAGCUGAACUGGGAAGUCUUCCACUGAACUGGUGACCCCUCUCCCUCUGCUCCCUCUGACUGCUCUUCAGAUUGUUGUGUAGAACAACCACCUUUCACCAAUGUGUCAGGCAAGCUUGUGCAAGUCAGGGCAGGCUGGUUCCAUUUCGUUGACUCUCCUGGGUGUUGUACUUUCAUAUCAAAACAUGGAAGCCAUUCCAAAUUCCUUUUAUUCCUACUUGACUUCUUAUCCUAACAAAGGGUAUCUUGCUGUCAACAACUCCUUACACGGCAUAGGUUUUUUUUUGGGGGGGGGGGGAACCACACACAUCAUGGCCUGCUUUUGCGACUCACAACUCUAGUAGAUGCCUGUGGGUCUCUGUGUGUUGGGCUGAGUUUGUGGCGUGUAAAAGUGUGCUGAGGUCCUGUGUGCAUUGCUUGAUUCUUGAUUGCUGUGCCAAGAGACAACUGCUGAGCUCAAGUCUUGGGUGCUGCAAGCCUAGACAGCUUCUAAAAAGAGAGCUCACUAGAGGAUCUUCUGAAGGGCACCUGCUUGUUAAAAGCAGAUCGUUAAAAGGUUUUAUCCAGGAGUGUUGAGAAAAUGGGCCUCUUAAAUAGCUAUUGGGUGGUAUUAUGGACCUAAUGUAGUCAUGUUCAUUAAUUUCAACAGGUCUGCUCUGAGUAAAACGCAACGUAAUAUUUAUGCCUGCAACAAGAGUGUCAAAACAACAUGCUCUUUGUGCCCUGAAAAUAAUCUAGAAUGACCCAGAGAGUUGGAAGGAGACCCUACAAAUAAUCUAGUUCACACUGCAACUGGCAGCAGUAUAGGACCAUACAGCACAGGUUCCUCUUAUGCUCCCCCCACCCCCCAGCAGCAGGCAGUUCUUCUCUCCUAGCAUCACCACCUCCUCCUCCUCUGUUUCCAAUGGACAUGAGGCGGGCAAGUACGCUUACCAAAGGAGGAAGGCAAGGGCAGUGGUAGCAGCACCUCUCUGGGUACCAAGCCGUUGCCAUUGUACUUGCCCCCAGUACAUUGUUCUGGGGCAUUGUGGGCAAUUCAGCAUUGUGUUCAUCAAAGUGGCAAACAAGGGAAUCUGGGACAGCAGAUGGAUCCUCCGCAGGUGCCCGAGGAUGCUGACGGCUGACGCUGGUCCAGGUGCAUCGCUGCACUGAGUCACGGCAUCCCUAGUGUGGUGCAGGCCCCAGCAAGGCAGGGCUUUAGUAACACCCCCAGCAGAAUGGUAUUGACUCUAACAGGUAUCUUAUAUCCUAUCCUUAGAGCCUUUCCGUGGCCAAAACACUGCUGAGAGGCUCCUAGAUGGACUCAAGCGUAAAGGCCGCAGGAAAUCUGGUGCGGGCUCCACUGAUUUAGCAUGUGGCACGAAGGGGCUCUGCCAUCUGGUGUGGGGCUGGGAGCAAGCAGGUGGAGCUCUUUGGGUCAAACCUUACUGCGGAGUAGCUUAUGGGCUUUGCCUCCUGGACACAAUGCUGGCUGAACAUGCCUCUCAGUCUCCAGCAAACGUAAUAGAUGAUGCUCUGGCUUUUAAGCUCUAUAGGCAGGGCUGUGUUUAUUCCAUGCGUUCACAAAUUGGUAUCUGACACAGAAUUGCGGGAAUCCCAUUUUUUCCUCCUCUCUUUUUCUUUUAUCAACUAUACUACUAAUUAUAGAACCUACGUAGUUAAUUUCAUUUAGCGAAGUCAGCAUAGAAAAUAAAUCAUGUUCUACAAGGAGAACAAUAAUUUGAUUAAUUUGCACAUGUGUCAAAAGAAUACUAAUUACAGUAUACAGUCAACUCAAUAUUCAAAAAUCUGAUCACACCCAUAUGUUACCCAACAUCAUUCCCUCUUCGUAGUUGCUUAUUUAGAUUAAUUCUACAUUAGUGCAUGUUAAAUCAGGGGUGGGAAACCCUUUUAGCUCAGGGGCUGCAUUCACUUUCAGACAAUCUUCCAGGGGCCGCAUGUCAUUGGUGGGCAGGGCCAGAGGCAAAAGUGGGCGGAGCAAUGGCUGAAGGUUACAUUUGUACAGUAGGCCAGUUUUGACACACUCCAGGCAAGUAAGGGGCAUUAGCGUGGUUCAAGGACACAUUCCAGCCAGGCAAAAACACUCAAGGGAGGGUCAAAGCAAGACUGUUGAAAGAUGAGGCCUGGAGAGAGACUGGAGGUUCAGAUAGGCCUAGAGGGCUGCAUUUGGGCCCCUGACCCUGAAGUUCCCCAUCUCUGUAUUGAAAUGCAAUAGCACCAGACACAGUAAAUAUGAAGUUCUUGUGGCUUCUGAAAAGAUGUGGGAAAUGUAUCUCGAAAUCAUAGAAGCCUAAGAAGGGCGAACAGGGCUUCAGGCACCUGGAAAGUGGGACACCCUGUUUCCUGCCUGGGUUUUUGGCCUCCUUUCAUCUUAUUUGUUGCUCCCUGCAGUCCAACUUGGAUUGUCAAAGUGGAAUAAAUCCUGCAUAAUAAGAAACUGCUGAGUUUGCAGGGGGAGGUGUCUGAUUCUGGGCAGCAGAAUCUGGAUUUUUAUUUUUAUUUGCUGCUGGAGUAUACACAGCCCCUUCUGUAGAAGAGUAGGUGAGAGACAGGUUUCACUUUUUAAAAAUCUGCUGGUUUAUUUGGCCUCCUAGUUCAUUCAAUCUUGGUGGCUUGCAAGCACAGAUUUAUUUAUUUAAAUUUAAACAAUUUAUAUACCGCUUAGCUACAGUCGUCUUUAAGCAGUGUGCAAGGAACAGAAUACAGAAAAGCUAAAACCUGGUUAAAACUAGAAAAUCAAACUUCCAAAAGUGCCUGUUGGAAUAAUAAUUUAAAAAGUCAUCUGUAGGCACUGGAAGUCCAACAGGGAGGGGUCCGGUCUGACCUCAACUGGAAGCGCAUUCCAUAAAAUUGGGUCCACAAUACUGAACACACUGCUCUUUGUGGAUAAGAGCCAUACGUCUGAGCCAUGGAGAACUGCUCCCCUGAAGGCCUGUGAUUGGGCAGGGAUGGAGGGAUUAGGUGGUCCUUGACAGAUGAAAGACUGGUGAUGCUGUUCUCUGAGAGGCUUGUUCUGCACUGCACAGAGGAGGGUAGUGCUGUUCUGCACUUCACUCAGAUGCUUCAAGGUGUUUCCUUCUGGAGGGGGCAGAGGUGGCGGGCUGAGGCUGGUGCCGGGGCUCUCCCCACCUCUUUCUGGUAUUUCUGGGCUCUGAACCAGCAUUUCAAGAACUCAUCUCGCAAACUUUCCUUUCAUUGCAGAACCAACAAAACAGAUUCUCAAGCAACUGAGCAACAGAGGUGAGUGGAUGUCCCCCUUUCCCACAUCCCCCCAGCCUAGGUGGAAGAAGCUCUGUACUGACCAGAUUUCCCUGUCCCAGGUUUACUUGAUCAGUGUGGGUGGGAUUUGACAGGUGCCUGUCCUUAUGCCAAUGGUCACUCCUAUCUCAGAUUUAUUACAGCUAGCAGUUUUGAGCACAGGGCAAUUUUAUAUUGCUAAACAAGGCACCUUAGAUGCUGAAAGGCAGGGAUGGGGGAUCCUGGAGCCCUCCAGAUGUUGUUGGACUGGACUCCCACCAGCCCCAGAGAGCAAGGCUGGCGAAGGGUUGAUGUUUCCCCACUCCUGCUCAAAGUGUGUGAGCCUGAAUUGUUCCUGUACUCAGUCACUCCUUCAGCAGUGACUUCUUCCUGUUGCCUUGUGGCUGACCCACUGCCUUCUCAGGGGACCCACAGCCGCUGGAAGGGACUGUAAUAAGAUAUAAGUGAUGUAAAAAUGGCUCUCUGCCAGCAUGUUUGCUGUGUCUGCUGCUUAUAUAGAGUAAGAGUGUGCCUGAAAUGGAGAUUGGGAAAUAGGGAGGAAGACUACCUGGGCAGGGAAACAAGACCCCACCUUUUCCCUAAUGGCUUCUUUUUUCCCCCUCCUUCUUCCUGUGCUGCAAAUCUGGCAAUAGGACUAAAGGUAAGAGACAGAAAUUCUAGAAGACAAAAUAAAUGAGGGAAAAGAAGAAGGGUCUUCCCUUUCUAAGGAAAUUAAAGUCUUGGGUGACAUGCGAUGGGCUUUGGGUCCCGUACCAAAACGCCACCUUAAAGGUAAAGUGCUCUGGGGUAAAUGUUGGUGCAGGGGCCAUUAUUCAUUUUAAUAACAAAUUGACAUUUCCCUCUGACCACUGCCAUCUCCCAUAGGGUGGCCAGUAAGCUUCUCACAGCGCUAAGCUGUGUGCUUCUGCUCUCAUGUUGAGCAGGCAGCGAUAGAGCGCAGGUUAAGGAAAGGGCACCCUAAGCGGUGUCUCUGUUGGUGCCCCAGCACUGGGGCCUUUCUAAAAGCCCCUGCUUGCCCUCACUUCACGUAGCAUGCAGGCAGUGACGGAGCCCUUUUGGAGUUUGGGGAGCCCUCGCACCCCACCAACAGCUUGCCGCAGCAGCAGCAGGAUCGGCAGGCCCUUCCCCAGGAAUCUCUGGAAGAGUUGGCUGAAAGCGAUGGCAGCGAGAAGGAUAUGGGGCCGGAGGAAGAAGACGAAGAGGAGGAGGAAGAGGAAGAGGAGGAGAGGCUGGUAGGAACGGAGCAGGUGGCAGACUUUGCAAGCUCCUUGAUGGCCGUCCUCCACUGCUGGCACUAUCGGGCCAACGCUUUGCUUUUCUCCUGGGGCAGCACGGUGAGGUGCCUGUUCAACCCCUGCUGCGUCUCCCUCCUGCAUGCUGGCUUGCUGCAUGGCUCGCGGCUGCCCUCCGUUCCUUCUGUGCCAUCUUCCUGUUAAUCAGAUGUGGGACAGCCCCAGAGGUUCCCGUGUGGUUUCUUUUGCAGCUGUUUUAACCCUUCGGUGAUACUACUGACUGACUUGGUGCUUUUGUGCAGUCCUUCACGGGGGCUAACAAGAUUUGUGGCUUGAUAACAAAAGAGGCUCUUUAGGUCUUACCAUCUCUGUAUCUGUGGGAGGUCCUUUUCCUGCCGUUCCCUGUCCUCUUGCCAGGAAGGUUCUUCCACGUUAGCAGCUUGAUAAUGAGACAAAGCUAACGUUAAGCAGGAUCCUCUUCCAAGUCCUGUUGCCUGUGCUAUUGGACCAUUCCUGGAUCCAGCACUAACUGUGCACCUUCCAGAUAGUUUAUCAGCCUGCAGUUUUUAACUAGUGCACUCCGCCGGCCACACCAAAGUGCUGCAAGAUGUGUAGAGUCUGCUCGGGAAAGCUGUGUUCCUGGAUGAAAUUGGGACUGGCUUAAGCAACUGCAAGGCUCCUCUGUGCCAGGGCAGCAAGUGAACCAGAGCCACCAGCACUUGCGUUCACCUGCUGCUUGCAAAGCUGAUGGAUGCGACAUCAGGUGGUUUUUGUUGCUGCAUCCAAUGGCUAGAAUAUUGGACUUGGACCUGCGUGGGCACGUGAUGCAUUUUAGCUAUCUGGGACAAGCUAUGAUCUCUGACUUCCUCUGUAAAGUCAUAUGGUUUUUCAGAAUGACAAAUAACAAUGGCUAGGGAUGUUUGGCUGCUCUUGUCCAAUGGCUUCUUCCCAGUAGCAUGUACUCAACUCUCUAAUGUUUCUGUUUUGGUUCAGGCCAAGAGCCACAAGGCACAGGAAGGGCCCAAGCAAUACCAGUCGCCAGGCAGCAGUGGUGAGAAAAACAGGGCCGGGGAUAAUGUCUCAUCUGUCCCAAAGGUGAGUGGUUGGUGGUUGGUGGAGGUGCUGUUUGGGGAAGUGCCAUUGCUCAGUGGGUAGAGCUCCCAGGUUCAGUCUCUGGCAUCUCCAGAGAGGGCUGGGAAUGUCCCUUCUGAAACCCUGGAGAACCUCAACCAGGGAGAUCACAGGUCAGGACUGUCUGCUCUGUUAGGCAGCUUCUUACAUUCCUUGGGGAGAAUGGAAUUUCUGCUCAUGCCAAUUUUGAGACAAGGAAACUGUUGGCCCUUAACACUAAAAAUAGGAUUCAAAGCCAAAGGCUCCUGGACAUUCCACUUCCCAGACUCAGUGCCCAUACUGGGUAUUCUAUGCCAUUGUCCUUUCCAAUGGAUGCUCCACAUUGUCCCCAGAAGAUACGACAUAAAAAUGAGCAAUAUUUCUGUCUGCUGUUGAGUCAGCUUAGUGGUUGGUGGGUUCCCUGCCUUAGAAGCCAACAUAUUUGCUGGGUUCAAGAGUUGGUUGCAUUUGAGUAGUGACUAUUAACUUAGCCCUUAAACUGUUUAUCUGCAAGACCACCAUUGUUUGGGUUGUGCAUUAAUGGGUUGUGCGUUAAGUUUGCAAAACUUUCCUUCUCUUUUUGGGGGCACAUUUCCUAGGCACGGUCAGCCAUCGAACUCAGCAUGGUCUUAGAAGCUUCUCCCCUUAAGGAAGAGUACCUGGAAGAGGGUCCUUCAGACCCCGAGUCGGUGGGCAACCCGGAGCCAGUCCUGGCAGGCCAGUGGGGGACCCUGAAUCAACAGCGUUCAGAUGGCCUGGAGCCCACUGAACAUACUGAACUGAAGCCGCUUAGUAGCGAGGAGGAGGAGGAGGAAGAGGAGGAAGAGGAGGAGGACGGACGGGCACCCCAGACCAGAAGCAUCCUCCCUUUCUCUGUGCUGGAUCAGGCCAGCGUCAUUGCAGAGCGCUUUGCCAGCAGCCUCUCUCGCCGCAGCAGCCUGGCACUGGAGGAGGGCAAGGGCCACCUGACUCCAAAGCAGGCUAGCCGCAGCAGCAGCGUCUUGAGCCUGGACGGCAGCGAGAAGGCCGGAUGUCGCACGAACAGCACCACAGACUCCCUGCCGCAAGAGCCCCCGGGUGAGCCCAGCAGUGCCUGCAGUGGGGCGGCCUCUCCUGGGCUGCUGGAGACGGACCAUGCCUCCUGCAAGCGGAAGGAGUCCAUGCUCUCCCAUCAGGACCGGCUGCUGCUAGACAAGAUCAAGAACUACUACGAUUACGCGGAGCACCAGGAUGCCGGCUUCAGCGUCAGGCGGCGGGAGAGCCUGUCCUACAUUCCCAAAGGGAUGGUGAGGAAUUCCGUCUUCAGGAUCAACAGCCUUCCCCAGCCAGAGCCUGAGCAGGAGGGGCUGAAGCACAAGAAGCCGGGGGGCCCUGCCAGUGGUGGGGCUGGCCCCACAGCAGCCUGGGUGUUGUCAAAUAGGCCCGUGGCUGGGCUACAGGCCCCCCGCUCUGAGGCAGCCUCUGCUGGAAGCCCCCUGCCCGUCACGGAAGCGGAGUUCAGGCCGCCGGCUGAGAUGAUUAAAAUCUGGGAGGAGAUGGAGAAGCCGAGCGGAGAGGGCUGGAGUAGGAGGCCGGAAGGUGUCACUCGGCCAGGCACGGCGAAUGGGCAGGUGGCCAGGGGCUCCUCUCUGCGGCAUGCGGAGAGGCUCCGUGGUCAGGAGAACGGCUUUGACCUCCACGAGCCGCUUCUCAUCCUGGAGGACGAGGAUCUUGGGGCCAUCACAGAGGAGUCGGCGGUGCCCUCGCCUGAGAGCAAGUCUCCCGUGGAGCGGGCUGCGCCUUCUAGGAAGCCCUGGAAGCUGGCCCAUGAGCUAGGGGGCUCUGAGCAAGAUCGGUAUCUCCCCCGCUUGCACCCCCGGAUAAUGCAGCUGGCCCACCUGACGGAGGCAGAGCUGGCAGAGAAGGUGAAGAACAAGGUCUACCAGCUGGCCCGCCAGUACAGCCUCCGAAUCAAGGGCCAGAAGCCUGCAGCGCAUAGGAGGCUUGCUGAGCUGGAGGAGGAGAUGAAAGGCAAUACCUUGACUGUCCAGCCGGAGGCAGAUAAGAAAAGCAAGGGUAUGUAUUGGCCAGAGGGCACUGUGCUAUCACAGGCAGGACCUCAUUGUUCAUGUUAUAUGAAUUUCAGCAGUGCCUAGAAGCCACAGCUGUGCGCAUAAAUAUAGGAGAUUCAUUGUGACUUAUAUUUUAAAGUUUUAGAUUAAUGACUUGUCCUUUCCUCUUGGGCUCGUGGGAGGUAGCAACCUUCAUUAAAAACACCCCACCAGCAACAUCCACCAAAAAUAAAGAUUAACCAAGUGUCAGAUAGAUAUAAAACAGUUGUAAAAUAUAAUAUAUUGAAUGUUUUAAGAGCCACAUUUUUAAAAAAAAUACUGAAAUGUGCUUAUUACAAUAGUAGUAGUGGAUUCUGUUUCCAGAGGAGUUUAUAUUCUAGACUAGAACUCUAUGACAGCCGGAGCCAAGUACCACUUGCUGGGCCAGAGGAAUAUCACCUGGGCAGGGAGGACCCAAGAGGCAGUGCACACGCCUCUUGUGGCUGCUCAAAACCACGAACCUGUGCUACUUUAUCGGCAAAAGCCCAAGUGGGUGGCCUGUUUUUCAGACCUCCCAGCAUCCUCAAGACAGCUUUCCAUGCUCCUGUUUCUUUCCCAGGGGCAAUUGUGUUUGGUAAGCACUGUCCAACCCCCAAACCGGGAAAAAGCACAAUUUGUAAACAUCAUGCAAAGGGAGCAGAUUUGCAGAUCUGUAGAUUCUGGAGAUAGAAAGAGACGUUCUGGGGAGAAAACACUCUUUCCUGGCAUCUAGGAGAAAGUUGAAAUGGUCUGAACUGAAGGAAGGGGGCUCUGUCUCUCCAGCCUGUUCCUGCAUUGGGCUGCACUCACUGCUGAACUCUGCCUAUUUCUCAGCGCUGGGGUAACUCUUGCCCCAGUGUAUCCAGUCUCCUCAGAGCUCUCUGUCCUAGCCACACACACCUUCCUCCUUCCCCUGCCUGGAACUUAUCCAGGCCUGCUCCACACCUUCCUCAGGUGCUCUUUCCUGACCAGAAUGUGCCCUUGAAGUGUGAUGCCUGGCUAAAGAGGGCAGGGGGGAUUACAACAACCUCUGAAAUGUAGUUCAUAGUGCAAAGGUAGGAGUCGUUUCUGUUGCCCUUGAGCUGAGAAAGGUUUUCCACCCUGAUUUAGCUUAAUUCAAUUAAUUCCAUUGCUUCUCCCUCUGUUGGAGAAUCCCCGGGUGCCCCAUCCAGCUACUGUAUAUCUCUGAGAUGGAAUUGAUGGAGGCCCCAGAGGGGAUUGCAGAGGUGAACGGGGAGGGAUCUUUCUGGCUUGGAUAUAUCUGAAUAUGAAAGGUUUCCACUAGGACAAACCUCCACCUCUAGGAUAUUUUAACAAGGGUCCUCACCAAAGUGCCCAAGAACUUGGCAAUUCUCGACUCCUCAAGCGGAACAGCCUCUGGGAGCCUCCUUCCCUCCUUGCUGUUUUAAAGGGAAACAGCAUAGCUGCUGUUCAGCCGACAAAAACGGAGCUGCUGAGAUUGGGGAGUGGGGGGACCACCGUUGCAGCCCGCCCACCCAGCAAACCCCUUGCCUUAUUGCUGCCUCACUCAUUCGUUGUUGGUUUUUCUUCUAGGCAAACGGAAGCCAGCCUUGACCCUCCCCAAUACUUACGAGCAAGUAUUGCUGCAGGAGGCCAGCCCACUGACUCUCCCCCCAUCGUCAACCUCGUCCCUGGAGAAGUCCCCCAAGCGCUUCUCUUUCAGCCCCUCCUCCAGCAGCCCGCGGCUUGCAUCCCCCACCAGCAGCACCCUGUCAUGCAGCCCCCUCAGCCCCGUCGUAGCCGAAAAGUUCAACUGGCCCGACGUGCGGGAGCUCAGGUCCAAAUAUUCCUGUCCAUCAGGGAAUCAGAAGUGCAGGCCGCAACCCGUCAACAGGAGCCGCUCAGCCCCUGAAAAAAUGGUGGAUACAGCUGGUAGAGCUCUGGAGGAGCACCAGUGCUCCAAGAGGAUUGUGAAGGCAGCGGUCAAACCCCAGCAAGGGGGCAUGCCAGGCUGCAAAAGGGAAGCUCCACCGGACUCCAUCCUCCAGGGCCGCGACGCGCACAAGGAAUUGAGCGUUACGGCUGAGACUUCUCUGGAGAACCGUCAGCGAGUGGUUGUCAUGGAAAAGCUGCUGGAUGUGACUGUCGAUCCGGACGAGAGCUAUGUGCAGAUUCGCUCCCCUACUUCCCGGGAGAAGAUCUCUCUCAAGGCCGUGGUGGAGAGGUGCAAGGCCUACCAGGACUCGGAAGAAUACCGCAGGCGUGAGGAGGACCUCCAGGAAGCAGCUCCCCACAAAGCACUUCAGCAGGUUUGCCGGGAGAAAACAGACAGCGGCCAGCAGAGCCUGGUAAAGAACCUGAGGGAGAAAUUCCAGACCCUCAAUUCCAACAGUUGA